CGGAAGUGACGCGCAGCGCGGGAGAUUCGGAGCAGGAGGUGUCAGGCGGGAGCUCGGGCCCGGGAUAUCGGGAGUUGGGGCCGUCAGUAGACAGAGAGCCCGGACCGCACGGAGCUCACCCUAUACUGUAUGAUUGACACGGGCCCUGUCUGCCAUUGCUGUAACCCUUUGGGUGCCAGAGAGGGUGGGAUGGGAGGGGUCAUUAUUUAUUAUAUAAUAAACUAUAGAGUCAUACAAUGGCCCCCACUGCACACAUAUUGUACGUUACUAUGGUAACCGGGGGGGGUGGCAGAGCUCUCACCUCCCUCCCCAUGCACUGGGAGCUGGUUAUGGGGUGUCCUGGACUGUGAGGGUAAAGAGGUUCUGCAGCAGCCUCUCCCCUCAUAGUGUUUCAGAUGAUUACAGUGUAACCAGCCCUGGUAAUAUAACACAUUAUACAGCAUGUCACAGUGACAUGGGAUUAAACUAAAUGUUAAUUACUGCAAUGGUUCUCCUGCGGUGAGAUAAAUCUCUGCCAAUUGAUAUUAAUGAAACACUAGAAACUUAUGGGCGUUUCACUGCUAGAAUAUAGAAUGUACAGAAACAAUAUACACGUGGAAAGGACCCAGAUAGUAAUGUGAAAAUGUUACAUUAAGCAACACAUUACAUUGAAAGUACUUUUAUUUAAACUGGCAGAUCAAGGACAACGUGAAAUAGAUACAUGUCUGGUUUGCAGAACUGCCAAAUUUAAAACAUGAUCAAUGCACUCAUUUUAUGCUUUUUUUUUUUUUUUAUACAGUACUAAUUUUAGUUUAUUUCCCAACACUACUUUUCUUUUAUCUUUAGUUAACCAUGGAUCAGAAGAUCUUUUCAUUAGCAGCAGAAGAUAAACCAGAAGGGCUUCAGCAAUGUCUUAAGAGCAUUAAAGACACUGAGGUGAGCAGAUGCUGAAAAUAUAUAUUUUUUCGAUUUAUAUAUGCUAAGAAUUGUUUAGAUUAUAUAUUUUUUUCACGUCAGCCUAUACUCAGUAUCUCAUAAUGACAAAGGAAAAAUAGAUUUCCUCAAACAUUUGCAAGUUUAUCAAAAAGAAUAAAACUAAAAUAUCACAUUGACAUAAGUAUUCAGAUUCUGACAUAACACUAUGCUAUGACACUUUAAAUUUAGCUCAGAUGCAUCACAUUUCUUUGGAACAUCUUUGAGAUGUUUUUUACAAUUUGAUUAGAGUCCACCUGAGCCAUAUACAACUGAUUUGACACACCUGUCCAUAUAAGGCCUCACAGCUGUAAAUGCAUAUCAGAGCAAAAAACAAGCCAUGAGGUCAAAUGAAAUGUCUGCAGAGCUCAUAGGUUGUGUCAAGGCACAGAUCUGUGAAAAGCUACAAAAGAAAAGUCUCAAUUGAAGGAUCCCAAGAGCACUGUGGCCUCUAUAAUUCUCAAGUGGAAGAAGUUUGAAGUAACCAGGAGUGUUACUAGAGUUGGCUGUCUGGCCAAACUGAGCAAUUGGAUGUUGAAAUAUUAUCCAGAGGUGUUCUCAAUAGUGUUAAUGUCUAGUUUGAAUGAAUAAAGAUUUCCCCUGCUUCUUCCCCUUAAGCAUGGAGCUCUGAAGUGCUAUACAUGUGUGUGAUAUUGUUCCUCUGCCGUUACACAUAAUAUCCUGUUAUCCUACCCUUUGAAAUGCAGCUGGCAACAAGGCCCUGGAGAAGGGCCUUGGUAAAAGGGGUGACCAAGAACCCAAUGGUCACCCUGGAUGAACUUCAGAGAUCAUAUGUGGAGGAAGGAGAGACUUGCAGAAGGAUAAACAUCACUGCAGCAUUACACUGAUCUGGCCUUUAUGGUAGGGUGGCCAGAUAUUUUAUAUAUUUAUUUAUAAAAUAUUUUACCUGGAAAGAUACAUUGAGAUUUCUCCUGUUUUCAAGACAAAAAAACACUUGAAAUUCAGCUUACAAUUUGCAAUAAUCGUCAUGAGGACACUCAGGGUUUGAGUAACAAGUUUCUCUGGUCUGAUGAAUCAGAGAUUAAACGGUUUUACCACAAUUCAAAAUAUGUCUGGAGGAAACCAGGCACAGUUAGUUACCUGCGCAAUACAAUCCCAACAGAGAAGCAUGGUGUUGGUAGCAUCAUGCUUUGGCUGAGGUUUUCAGCAUCAGGCACUAGGAGACUGGUCCGGGUUGAGGGAAAGCUGAACGCUGCAAAAUGCAGAGAUAUGCUUAUUGAAAAUCUGGUCCAGAGCGCUCAGCACCUUGCAACAAGACAAUGACCCUAAGAAAACAGCCAAGACUUCACAAGGCUGGCUUAGGGACAACUCUGAAUGUCAUUGAGUGGUCCAUCCAGAGCCUGGACUCACUCUGACAUUUUUGGAGAGACCUGAAAAUUGCUGUCAACAGUCCACACAAUGCCUGACAGAGCUCGAGAGAACCUGCACAGAUGAGUGGUAGAAACUAUCCAAACCAUGUGUGGAAAGCUUGUUGCAUCAUACCAAAAAAGUUGAAGCACCUUUGGCAGCAAUUACGGCCUCAAGUCCAAGUACUGUGUUAAGGAUCUGAAUAAUUAGGUCAAUGUGAUAUUUAAUUUGUUUUCUGUUUAAUAUAUUUACAGUGGUGUCAAAUCUGUUUUUUCUUUUGGCAUUAUAGGGUACUGAGUGCAAAUUGAUGUGACAAAAGUUUUUAAUUUUAGCAUGAGGCUGCAACAUAAGAAAUUGAAAGAGCACUGUAUACCUAAUUUGCAGGGUGACAGCAAAUCCUAAAUAUGAAACUGUGAAUAUGACAGACUGCCCAGACAGUCCUCCCCCACCCCCCCUACGAAUUAGGCCCCCGCGGCCAUGUGAUAGCUCUAACAGAGCGGUCACAUGGCCGCAAUAGGCGUCUGUGAAUCUGCCUGCAGUGGGAUUUACAAAUUUUUAAAUAAAGCAAUCUAUGUAUAUAUAUAUAUAUAUAUAUAUAUAUAUAUAUGUGUAUAUAUAUGUAUAUAUAGUCAAACUAAGUAUUUUUACAAUAAUAUAUACCUAAAUGAAAUAUAAAAAUACACUUUUAAAUUAAAUUACUCAAGUGUGUGUAUGUGUUUAUAUAAUUGUUUAUUAUAAAAUAUAAAUAAGUAAAUAUAAAAAUUAAAAAUUAUAUGUAAUUUUAUUCUAAGUGUAUUUUGAUAGUAAUAUAUAUUUAUAUCAAAAUACACUUAGAAUGAAAUUCCACACUUUUUUCUACAAAAUACACUUUUAAUUAAAUUACACAAGUGUGUGUUUGUGUGUGUGUGUGUGUGUGUGUGUGUGUGUGUGUGUGUGUGUAUUAUAUAUAUAUAUAAUUGUGUAUUAUUAUAAAAUAUAAAUAAGUAAAUUAAAAUAUAAAAAUAAUUAUAUGUAAUUUUAUUCUAAGUGUAUUUUGAUAGUAAUAUAUAUUUAUAUCAAAAUACACUUAGAAUGAAAUUUUAUAUAUAUACAAAGAGCCCUUGCACUCCAACUUAUAAAAAAACAGUACCUGGUGCUCUGGUGGCUCAAAUGUAGAUAAAGAAAGGAUACCGGCACUCAAGGAAUUUCAAAAGUUUACUUUCCAAUGUGCAUCUGAAAUCGACGUUUCAGCUCCUCUAGGGAGCUUUCAUCAGGACAUAGAUAUUCUUAACAGUGAAAAAACACACUUUUUAUAUAAGAAAUGUUGUAAUAACGUACUCACAUUCAGCUGUUACUCAUCAGCUGUUGUUCAUCGCCAUAUAUAUAUAUAAUAUGCAAGUAGAUGAAGAGAGCACUCCAGAGGAUUUUUUCAACAAGUUUUAUAUGUGGUUAAAGAGAUCAACGUUUCGACCCAAGAGGUCUUUGUCAAGAUGCGCAUACAAGUGAGUGAAUUGUUUAUAUAAGGCAUAAAUUAUUACAGAGUAAUCACUUACCCAGUGCAGGUGUGACACCCAAGAUCCGUGUUCUAACGCUGUGUUGUGCUCUAGUGAUCACGCAGUAAUGUGUUUUUAACAUUAGUGUUCCUUUAAUUUAUUUUUUCCAUCGGCUCCGUAGUGAAAAGGUGGAAGUUCCUAGCGCAAACCUCUCUUUUAUGCUUCCAAAACCAGUCUGUCAAGAAAUGUAUCAAUUGAAUGUUGAAUGUAAGGUGGCUGGCUUUGCCAACUUUGUUUUAACUCAAUUGUAUUCUGUCAUUACUACACACAUAACGACUUGCGGUUUGAACUAUGCUGUGAGGUUUAUUCACUAAACACUAUCUUGCAGGGAAUUCGAACUGAAUUGCAAACUUUAUAUAAACAUUGCUGAUUUAUAAACAUUCUCCCACUCCACUGUAGUCACAGCCAGGUUGUUGUUUUUCAGUUCUGUAUUAUAGAAAGAUGUUUACAUCCAACCAUUUUUUGGGGGGUAAGGGUCCUAAUUUAUUUAUUUUUAUCUAUGCCAUAUAUGCAAAUCAUUAGGGAAUACAUUGGAAACAUUAUGGACUUACUGAAAAAUUAUUGCACCUGAAACUCGUGAAUGAAGUGAUCAAUGAAAAUGCAUUUUUUAAAAAAAUCUUAUAUAUAUAUAUAUAUAUAUAUAUAUAUAUAUAUAUAUAUAUAUAUAUAUAUAUAUUAUUAUUUUUUUUUUUAACAUGUAUCCUUUUUUUCCUGCAGCUUGUUAGUAUAAUCACAAAACAUGCAGUUAAAGGAAAAGAGGCUGGGACGCUGUUGCUCGGCAUUUUUAAAGGUAAAUGUACACCAAUAAAGAAAUAGCUUGUUUAAUUUCCUUAAUUUGCUAUCCAUGUUAGGACAUUGCACGCCGUAGAAAAAAGUGGAUUUUAACGCCGUUAGAACAGCAUGGAACAUCCUCUAGUUCUGUUGCGAACAAGAUUAAGCCCCCCACUUUCACCGGGGAGUCCCAAGUAUCAAUCGAUAGUGAUCAGCAGGGACAGCAUGAGAGGGGAAUCAAAGCGUGCCCUGUACUGUGCAGGCUGGGAAAUCCCUUCGCUGAUGUCAGUACUUAUGUCAGCAGAGGGAAUUCCUCUGAGUUAGUGUAGGGUUCAAGUUAGUGUAGGGUAAUGCUGGGUUAGGGAUAAUGUAGGAUUGCUAUAGGUUUAGCAUUAAUUACCAAAAUUAAUUUAGUCUCUAAACAUAUGUUGCAUUUAACGAUUAGAACUAUUAUGCAAAUUUAUUUCAAUGUGUUAUGUGUUUACAUAACUGCCUUGUAACACUUCUGCUGGCAAUCACUCAGACAUGCCACUAAAGUUGCUUCCUGGGUUAGCACUGCACAGAGUGCAGUACUGCCGGUCAGCAUCUCCACUCUCUGCAUGGAGACGCUGAACGUUCCACAUAGAGAUGCAUUAAUUCAAUGCUUCUGUAUGAGGAGAUGCUGACUGGCGCUGUGUAGUGUUUUGCUGCACAUGCGCAAUAGCCUCCCAAUAAUUUCCAGUGGGAAAGCAUUGAAUUGGCUGAGAUUGUCAAAUUUGUUGAUCUCAGGGAACGAGGUGGGAUGGGGCCAGCAGUGUCGAAACUGCGACCGCGCUGGAAUAAAGGUUAGUAAAAUCACCUUUUCAAAGUAAGAAAAGUAGGGAUGUGUGCCUAAACUGUUAAUUUAAAACUAUAAUUUUUGGAAUACGUUUGUAGUUUGUACCAUUAAAUUACAGUGGAACAAACACACCGCACACAUUUUAGGUUUUCUUUUGGUUCCAAAGUUAGACCAUUGCCUCCGUCCUUAAAGGUGAAAAUUAAAUCCUCCCCCUCCCCCCCCAAUCCCACAAAAGACACAUACAAAAACAAUUUUCACUAAGUUAGACUUUUCUUUCUUGGCCUUCAGAUUGAUUCUCAUCACAGGUGUACUAAUCAGUAAUUUCUAUAGUAAUCAUUUUCGUUGUUUGUUUACUUUAGGGGCAGCUGGUGUACUGGAAAUGUAUUUGUGGAUAACAUCUGUUUGCUUUUCAGGGUCCCCAUGUUCUCAGGAUGUAGCUGUUCACCGGAGACUUGUGGUUUACAGACACUGCAUACAACUUGUGGAGUCCGGAGAUUUGCAACCAGAAGUUGCUUCUGAGAUUGUGGGAUUAUUAAUGCUGGAGGUGUGCUUUAAACUAAAAUAUCCAGGAAAGGUCUACUGGUGUUCAAAUGUGUGUCUGUAUUGCAAGAUAUAAUUUAGAAAAGUAGAGCAAUCAACGAUUUGAAUCAGUGGGGCGAUUCUAUUGAUUUCUGUGGCCAUUGAUGCACUCUUUAGAUCGAACUUUGUCAUGCUUUUCUAUUUGCAUCACUUUUACAAAAUGUACUAUCUCACUCUGGUCCUAUAGUACAUAUUGGACUUAAAGUCAUACAUUUCAGCUCACACAGAAUUUAUUUAAAGAGGGACACAGUACUUACUAUAAAAACUUAGUCUAAUUGAACUUGUUACACUGCCAACAGUCGAUCCCCCUUGUCUUUGUCCCCAAAACAUUUUAUUUUAAUAGUUAAAAGGCUUGGAAGCAAACUUAAAGCACGCCUUAAGCCCUCUGGAUAGGAGAGCCGGGACUGUAACCCAUAUGAUGUCCCGUGCAUGUGAGCAGUACCGUCAUGGCAUGUCUUGGAAAGUCGCUGCAUUCAGUGAUUCUCUAUGACAAGAGAAUCAUUGAUGGAUUUGCGACAAACUUCAUGCAUGCGACUACGGUUCUCAAAACUCCUCUAUGGGCUCUACUGAACCACACAAUUGCAGUUUUCCAGUGGUUCCCAAUGAGGCGUAAUAUAGCUCACUGAGAAGGGGGAAGGCAGAUGUACGCCAGCAUAGCCCAUCUGUCGCUUCUGUUGGCUCACUGGAGUUAACUGAAGCAGACGUUUUCUAUGUGAUAUGCUCCAAGCUGAAGUGUUUAAAGGACCACUCUAGGCACCCAGACCACUUCAGCUUGAUGAAGUGGUCUGGGUGCCAGGUCCCUCUAGGAUUAACCCUUUUUUUAAUAAACAUAGCAGUUUCAGAGAAACUGCUAUGUUUAUGAUAGGGUUAAUCCAGCCUCCAGUUCCUCUAGUGGCUGUCUCAUUGACAGCCGCUAGUGGCGUUUGCAUGCUUCUCACUGUGAACAUCAGUGAGAACACGCAAGCCUCCAUAGGAGAGCAUUGUAAAUGCUUUCCUAUGAGACCGGCUGAAUGCGCGCGCAGCUUCUGCCGCGCGUGUGCAUUCAGCCGAAGGGGAGGAGAGGAGGCGGAGAGCUCUCUGCCCGGCGCUGGGAAAAAGGUAAGUUUUAACCCUUUCCUCUACCAGAGCACCCUCAGGGCACUAUAGUGGUCCUUUAAUAUGCGUGGAGUAUUCGUUUUAGUGAGAUUUGUUAGUCAUACAUGUCCUAAUUCUGUCUGAGAUUAGUUGGAGUUAAGGUUCCCAGCAACAGUUAUUUCAGGAGCCUUAGUAAAAUUGUGGCAGCUGCCGUCCUAGCACUCCCAGACAAUUUGUGGUGUUUUGUUUGUGCAGAAUUAACACUUUCAUAUUUUAUCCAAUCAGUGUUGAGGAAAUGGAGGUGAUGGGUAGAUCCCUGGUUUAUUUUCAACUUUUCUUAAAUAGCUUCACAUUAAACUGUGGGGCAUUGCCAGUGACUUUAGAUAAAAUAACUAACUGCUACAGGAAGCUGUAGUGGCUAGAUUACUUAUAGGCCAUUUUGUUGUAUUUAUAUGCUUUUCCUUUUUCAGGUGCAUCAGUUACCGGGAGCUUCCCUAAUAGAACUGGCUAAUUUAUUUGUUGAUGCUGUGAAAGGCGGUAAUUUUUCGAAUGGCAAAUCUCUAGAUUUGUUUCCUACUGUGCUCACAGCUCUAUCUUCAAAGGAAAGUCUAUCAUAUGGAAAAGGUAAAUUAUCUGUCUGUAAUUAAUUGUAAAGUAAUUGUAACUCCUCAUACCCUUUUGCAACAGUUUGGCCUCUUUCCUGGGUCCAUGUUGGGCAGGCAGACCUCUAUCCUGCCAGGUGACGUGCUCCCGGUUUUUGCAGAGCUGGCUAAUAGCACCACUGUGACACUGCUGCAGGUGGAGACACACCAAAGCAGUAAAGUGUGCACUGUUUUCAAGUGAAAAGCUACACCUACAGACUCUAAGCACCACAGCCACUUUAAUGCACUGAAGCGUUCAUGGUACUUGGAGUAAACCUUUAUAGUUAAACUCCAGUUCCCUAGAGCACUUCAGCUUGUUGAUGUUCUUAUAUGUGAAAAAUGUGUCUUGAUAAAAUAUAUAUAUAUAUAUAUAUUUUUUUUAAAGUGCAGAUUUCAGUAGAAAUUGGCACUUUUAUAAAUUAACCUAUUUAGUAGGGAUAUGCAUGGGCAAAUAAUUUGGCUCAGGACUUCGACACUUCCCUACCCCUACCCCUAACUCUACCCCUGUCAUCAUUCACCUAAUUUUCCCUCCCUCUCUUGUUUUGCCACUUUUCCGAAAUACGAAGCACCUCCGAAGUUUGGCAAUUCGGUUUGGCACUUCGGAAAUUCGGCACUUCGGACAUUCGGAAGCAUCCGAAUGUCCUAAUUGCCGAAAUUAGUCCGAAUUCACAUUCGGACCAAAACAAAUUGCACAUGUCUACUAUUUAGUCCUAUUACUUCCCAAUUGUUUAACUAUGUGGCGCUAUAUUGAAGAGGCAGACAAUUGCUCAGAGCACCUAUCUAGCAAAUCCUUCUCAGUGAGCUUCACUGAGAAGUCUGUGGAUAAUAAAAUGCAUAAUAAACCCCUUAAAACCGCAGGACGUACAAUUACGCCCUCUAAUAGGCGGCUCUAAACGCCGCCGGGCGUAAUUGUACGCCCUCCGGUUUUUGUUAACUUACCCGGUCGCCGGCGGUCCCACGCCGGCGAUCGCGGUGGGGGGGACUCCCAGGGAGCCCCCCGCGGCACAUCCGUCCUCGUUGAAGCCCCCCGGCCAUGUGAGAGUGGGGUCCUAGCAGGACCCCACAAUCACAUGGCCGGGUAUAGCUGGCUUCUGUAUUGCCGGCAGGGGGGCUGCCUGUAAUUACAGGUGGUCCCCCUGCUGGCUGAAAAUAAAAUAAAAAUAAGUUAAUGGUGUAAAAAAAAAUAAUUAUAUAUACUUAGAUCAUAUGUAUAUAUUAUAUAUAUAUAUAUAUAUAUAUAUAUAUAUAUAUGAUAUAAGUAUAUAUAUACACAUAUACAUACACACACAUACACCGUCUAGGUGUAUUUUACUAUUAAUAUAUAUAUAAUUAUAUAUAUAUUAAUAUCAAAUUACACGAGACUGAUACGGAUUAAAUAUAUAUAUAAUUAUUGUUAUUGUUAUAUAUAUAUUUAUAUAUAAUAUAAAAAAAAUGUAAAUACGUUAAAAAAAAAAAAAAUUUAAUUAAAAUAAAUAAUUAAAAAAUAUAUAGAUGUGUGUUAUUUCGUUCUAACUGUUUUGUGAAAUUAAUAUAUAUAUAUAUAUAUCAAAAUACACGUAGAACGAAAUAAUAUAUCUAUAUACAUAAAUAUAUACGUAUAUAUCACUAUAUAUAUAUAUACCUAUAUAUAAAUAAAAAUAUUUUAAAAAAAUUAUAUAGAUAUAUACAUAUAUAUACACAUACGUAUAUAUAUACAUAUAUUAAUUCUACAUUUAUAUUUAUGUAAUAUUUUUACAUAAUUAGGUAUCUUAAUUAAUUACAAUUAGCAGGACCUGCCUGACAACCCAUGCCGAAAGUAAAGGGAAUUUAAUUUGCUAGCACUAUAUUUAACCCUAUAACUUUCCGAGACACCAUAAAACCUGUACAUGGGGGGUACUGUUCUACUCGGGAGACUUCGCUGAACAAAAAUAUUAGUGUUUCAAAACAGUAAAAUGUAUUACAACGAUGAUAUCGCCAGUAAAAGUGACGUUUUUUGCAUUUUUCACGCACAAACAGCACUUACACGGACGAUAUUAUUGCUGCAAUACUUUUUACUGUUUUGAAACACAAAUAUUUGUAUUCAGCGAAGUCUCUCAAGUACAACAGUACCCCUCAUGUACAGGUUUUAUGGUGUUUUCAAAAGUUUUCACAGCGUCAAAUAUAAGGCUUUUGUUUCAUUUUUUUCACAUUAAAAUUCGCCAGAUUGGUUAUGUUGCCUUUGAGACCCUAUGGUAGCCCAAGAAUGAAAAUUACCCCUAUGAUGGCAUACCAUUUACAAUAGUAGACAACCCAAGGUAUUGCAAACAGGGUAUGUCCAGUCUUUUUUAGUAGCCACUUAGUCACAAACACUGGCCAAAAUUGGCGCUUUUUGCAUUUUUCACACACAAACAAAUACUAACGCUAACUUUGGCCAGUGUUUGUGACCAAAUGGCUACUAAAAAAGACUGGACAUACCCCAUUUGCAAUACCUUGGGUUGUCUACUAUUGCAAAUGGUAUGCCAUUAUGGGUGUAAAUUUCAUUCCCCGGCUACUAUACAGUCUCAAAGGCAACGUAACCAAUCUGGCGAAUUUCAAUUUCAAAUGUAACGUGCUAUAUUUGACCCUGUAACUUCCCAAAACGCCAUAAAACCUGUACAUAAGGGGUACUGUCUUACACGUGAGACUUUACUAAAUACAAAUAUGUGUAUUUUAUUGCAGUAAAAUCAAACAGUAUUAUGACACUGACCUUUAAAAUGCAAUUUAGAACUAAAAAAAUCUAAAAAAUCGUAUUUUCUCCCAUUUUUUUCAUAUUAAAUUAUGUUUCAUAGCUAAAUAUUUGAUAUUAAACGAAAGCCCUGUUUCCCCUGAAUAAAAUGAUAUAUAAUAAGGGUGGGUGUAUUUACUAUGAAAGAGGUGAAUUACGGUUGGACAGACAUGUAGCGCAAAUGCCAGGUUUUGUUUACAUUUUGUUUUGUUCACAAUGUGUACAUUUGGCUCCGUCCUUAAGGGGUUAAACCAUCUACUAUACUAAACAGUAAAUCUCUUAGUUUCACCAGACAGUUGUAUUUCUAACAUAUUAAUUACAAUGUCUUGGUAUUUUACGAGUGUUGAGUGUUCUAUAUUGCAAAAUAAUUUGACUUCCAUGUAUUUUUCAGGUGAACUUACUGGAAAUGAAUAUAAAAAGCAGCUUAUAAACAGCCUAUGUUCUAGUAGGUAGGUGUUAGUUAAAUUUAACAGUGAAAAUAUGCUAUAGCUUUAACUUUUUCUUACACUUCUUUAUGAUCUUUAUUUUACAAUUUUUUUAUGUGCUAAAAUUUAUAACAAACUGCCAAUAAUUGUAUUUUGCUUUUUGUAGGUGGGACCCACAGUGUGUAAUUCACCUUACUUGUAUGUUCCGGUAUGUAUGUUUUGCAAGUUGCUUUUGGUAUAUUGUAUUGCAGUCGACCUAUGUUUGUUCUUGGAAGUUUACCAAGGAUUUAUAAUUCAGGAAGAGAACUGAACCUGUCGUGGUGAUUGAGAAUUGAGAAGUCGUAGCCACUCAUGGGGAGGAGGUGGUUGAAAGUGGACAUGACGCUAUUUGUGGUGGGCCUAAUUAAUUAAACAAUGCUCUUGUCCUGCCCACCCCAGUUAAAGGCAUGUCCACUCCCCCUACCUUUAUUAGACCCUCCCGGCUGAAUAUUAUAAUUAGGGCACCCACCACCAGUGAGUGAGUGCCAGGGGAGGACAUUCCCACUGUAUAUUAUAUUAACCCCACCCAAUGGACAUUUACUCAACAAAUAACCCUCACACCACUUAGGGUUUUUAACUAUCUGUGCGCUGGCUGCUUGCAUUGCCUGUGGGCAAAUAGUUUGGUUGAAGGCUGAAAUCAGGACAUUGUUAAAUAGGGUGCAUAGUUACCAUAUUUUUUUUGUAAUUAUUUUUGGUGUGCAUAGAUGGUACAUGACAGACAUACAUAUUGUUAAGCAAGAUAAAUUGUUAUAGACAUGUCAUAGGUGAACAAAACAAUAGAGCUUAGUCUGCACAUUUUAUGUUAAUUAUACACACAGUGCUACCGCUAGAUUGUAGAAGAUUAACAGGGUGAAAUUUGAGAUUAAGCACUGGUUGCCAAAACUGGAUUAGAGUAAGGGCCCUAUGCCCAGGAGUACAUGCAUAUGAACAAUGCCCUUGUAUGCUGAGAAAUUAAGACCACCAAGCUAUGCCAAGAUUGGGUUUACAUUUGUAACCUCUAUGUUGGUUGCCAGUGAGGGGACAUAUAAAAUGCAAAUUGAAAUUAGAAUUAAAUUAAAAUCAAGAAAGGACAAAAUUAAAUUAAAGCGAAUAGCCUGAAUGUAUUCUCAGACCGGGUGAAAACAGUCCUCUCCGACUAUGCCUGUGAUGGUCCUUCACUAGGAACGUUACAGAGGUGAGUGCUUGCUUGCUGGAGGCUGGGAUAAGCCCCCACCGGCCCAAAGGUGGGGGGGAGGGGAAUUGGUUAAAAAAGUGCAGACUAUCCACACGUAUAAAAGCCUGUGUCACCCCAGACGUGGAGAUCGGCUGCUUCUCCCGCCAGGGCAGCAGCAGGCCGCAGUACAAUCUAGGCCGCAGCUGCCGGUUGGCAAGAAUGGUGGGUUUAUAGUCAACUACUAGGUCACUCUGGCAAUACAGGAUAUGAUUUUUCGUGUGAGGAUUAUCUGUGUUGGGGUAUUUGUCCCAUUUAAAACACUUUUAAAUCGAGUGUUGGCAGGAGCUCAAUCUUUCUCCGACCUUCCAGGAUGGCGUCCAAGCCCCGCCCCAGUUACCAUAUUUUUUGAGAAUUUAGUAGGCAGUUUUUUACCCCAAAAUUUGGUGUAAAAAAACUCCCUGCAUCCAAUAUGCCGAAUGCAGCCUAUUUUCUGUGUACAUCAAGUGAAUAUUGCUGUAUACACAUCCGCAAUCAGAACCGGUAAGGGAGAUUAAAGAUUUACCUUUUCAGGCCAUUGUAUGCCUCUGUAGUUGGAGAGGGAGCCUUCCACUGGGUCCUCUCGACUCGUGAGCUAAGCCUGCGGCAAUGCUUGAACACUGCACAAUGCUGCGAAUCGCGAUAACUGCUGGCAGAGGUGCAAGCUGUAGUUUCACAGUACCACCGGACCAUUAGGGAAUUCAGUGCCUCCCUCCCUGGCCAGAGGAAGGAAGGGAGAACUAACAUCAUAAUUAAAUCAUAAAACAAUAAAAAUAAAAUAUAUUAUAACUAAUUUUUAAAUAAAUAAGGCUGCUCUUCUAAGCCCCCCAGAUCACAGCCACUAUCCCUCACCACAAUGUUAUACACACACACUGGAUCCACAAAACACACACUACAUCCCCCACACAGAGAAAUAUAAAACAUAUGCCAGUAUAUUUUAUAUUGAUCUAACCCUGCUAGGUUUAAACCCUCUUUGUUGAUGGCUUGUAAACAUAUCAUAUAGGCUUGACAAGGACCUACAGCAUGUGUCAAACUUUAAGGGCUAGUUUCCUUUGCUAUUCAUUAACUCAAAAGAAAGCAUUUUCCCAGAUAUGUGGUAAUCUUUGCGAAUACCCUGCACAAAGUAAAGAAAACAGACUGAAAUUGUUAACUUUUAAUGGGCUAGACCGUGGCGUUUUGUGCUCAAGGGGGCAUAAACGUCAAAAAGAUUAACCAAAUAACAUAUAACUUUGUUUUAUUAAACAUCACCAAAUUGACAGCAAGUUCUUGAUGACCUGACUGCCUUUUAAUAUCAUUUACCACCAAAUCCAUCCAACCUGAAAAUGACUUUAGUUCCCACAUUGCUUACAAAAACACCCAACAUAGUUGGGACAGUGGUCUGUCAACACUGUUCUUCAGAUCAAGUGAACAGGCUGACAGAAGUUUGGCUCGUACUAUGCUUAUAUAUUUUCCAAGCCUCCUGCCAUUUUGCAGCUUGCGGCCUGCCCCCAAUCUCCCAACAACAGAGCUGUCGCCAAUAUCUGCUUUGCUACUUGGCAAACUCUGCCCAGCAACUGAUUACCUCCUAACCAAACUUUCUCACUUCUUGACCUCACUAUUAACCCUAUCGCUGCCACAAUACAUAUAUGCCACAGUGCAUAAUGCCUGUUGAAUUUAUUAAAUUCUAUGUGUCGUCUUGCUCAGAAAUGCUUUAGAUUUGAGAAAGGGAGGUUCUCCCGAAAGCUUGUCAUUAAAAAUAUUCUGUUUGUCCAAUAAAAAGGUAUUGCAAGAUAUGAAGUGUAUCUGUUUAUUUACAUCUAUGAAUAUAUAGUAUUUUUAUUUAAUAUUAAUUUAUUUUUCAGUGAUGUUCCACUGAGCACAGAAGAACUGCAGUUUGUUGUGGAAAAAGUACUAAGAAUGCUGUCCAAGUUAGACCUUCAGGAAAUGCCUCCAUUGGUUUACCAACUGCUUCUGCUUUCAGCCAAGGUAAGGGGUGGGUGGAGAGAUUUUGAUGUAUAUAAAUAUUAAUAUAUAGUGUAUGUGUCUUCAUAGCCAUGAUAUUUUCAUUGCCAUAUUAGUCCAUUAGUAUAGAUGCUUAGUAAUGAAGUAUAGAAGUUUCUUUUAAUACCAUUUUUAUUGGACUAACAGAAAUGGGUAGUGACCAUUCCAUUCAGGAUGUAAAAAGUAAAGUACUCAAAGAGAACUUCAAAAGGGAACCAUUAGGUGGAAAAUUAUAAUUUUCUUAAACACUAAAGAGUAAAUGUUGAUUGAGGUUUCUUAGCAUACUACAUAAUUUUUAUGAGUACUUUGCUCCUUCUUAUCAAACCAGUACAUAUUUUUUAAAACUACGCCAUCACUCGUCACUGCAAGGAUUCUGAAAAUUGUAGCACGUGUGUAAAAGUCCCAGUGCUGCAGUCAAGGAUUAUUGGACCACUCCACACCCAUAAAGCACUACAGUAUCCUAUGUUAAUCCAGUUUGUGCCGAUUUUAAUGAGAAAAAUGCAGAUUUCAGUUUUAGAAUUGUUAUGGAAAAUCUGCCUGUUGGCUAAUAAAAUAGCCAUGGAGAUUUCCUUCCUCCUCUCGUACGCUCCCCUGAGCUAGCCAAAGUGGCUGAUGUGCUCAACUUGAGCAUGUCUGCCUUCUCCCCACAGACCUCAGACCAAUGUAUUCGACUCCUCCAGUGCUUCCGUGAACCUCAGACCAGACGCGUGUGCAUAUAUUAUCUAUGUGUGGAUGUAUAGAAAGUUCUGGGCACUUUCAAAAAUACUUGAUUUUUCAAAGCGACAGACUUGAGUAAUUACAAUGGGAGUUCACUGUAAGCUUGCCCCUAUUUUCAGAGUACCCCAUUUUUGGCAGGUACACCUCUCGAUAUAAAACUAAUGACCGAUCUAAUGAGACAUUAUUAAACCACACAACUUUCAGACUUGUGCCUAUUAUAAUGUCUUUAGAAACCCCACUAUGGUGUUAUUUUCCCAUAAUAUAUGGUUCACUGUUGUCCAUCCUGUACACAGAAGAUUGUGGAGAGAAUUGUCAAUUUAUUGAAAGGUCAUACUCCUUCACUUUGCCUGUCCUGCUAACUAUUUUGGUUUAACCUACAGGGAUGCAAAAAAAAUAUAUUGGAAGGAAUAGUCACAUGUUUCAACGACUUGGAUCAGAAGCAAGCAGAGGAGCAGAAGAAUGCACAGUAUGUUAUGCUACCUGUAUUACUUGCCACUGGAGUCAAAUGAAUAUUAUCUCUCCUACUGUUUUCAAAUGACACAUGUACAAUGCUACAGAAACUUCUUGUAAAUCUUGUAAUAGUGUGCCUAUUAUAAAAACAGGGAAGUAUCAUGUACAUGUUACACUGUUCAGUAUUUAGCUACAUAUUUAGCUACAUUUUAUGAACAUGUGAAAGGAAUAACUCUUACUUGCAAGGUUGGAAUAAGCGACAAAGAAUAAAACAUAUUCUAAUUUAAUUUAAUUGCUAUAUUGUACCAGUGUGUGCUUUCUAAAAUUCAGUUGUAGUUGCAACAUAAGUUUCAAGUAGGCAAUUUGUGGUGAUCUUUGACACUAGAAGUGUCAAUGAUCAGUGCCUCUGCAGAAGGUUGUGAGUUCUUCCAUACAUACCAGCUUUUUUGUAUGUGUGAAUAUAGAAUUUAUUUUCUGUUUUAAAAGUGCUAAAUUUAUAUUGGGUUUCUAAUGAUUGGUUAGUAUAAAAAAUGUAAUCUGUACACCUAUAACACUGAACUCUUUUUCAGAUGUUUAGAUUUGGAAGAAGCAACAAUCCCACCAGAUCAACUGCGCCAUGUGGAGGGCACCAUCAUUUUACACAUUGUCUUUGCUAUCAAGCUGGAUCAAGAAUUGGGUAGAGAGCUAGUAAAAUACUUAAAGGUAUAAUGCAAAAUGUUAUUGUUUCAGAUAUGAGAAUCCAGCAUGAGAAUGGAAAUUUCCUUUGUGCAUACUGGUAUUCUCAGUGUGUAAUAUUUAUGCCUUUCCUCCUUUAAAUACAACCACGAGCAUCUAGAGCACUUGGGAGCAAUGUCCCUUUUCCGAUAAGCAUAAUGAUAUAGGGUCUAUUCACUAAACCAUGAAUUGGAAACCAAAUUGUAAAAUUUAGGGCAAAAUAGGCAAUUGGGAACAACACCCCCCCUAUAAUUUAGCUAUAGUUACAUGGAUUUUCCAUUCUUUUAUAGUACAGUCGAUUUAAAAUAUUAUCCAAUGCUGCUGUCUUUAUACUUCCUUAUACACCCUACAGGUACUUUUCGAUUUAGAUACAUAGCCAUGUGUAUAUAUAGCAGCAUACAGCCUCUUCCACACCACAUAGCAAAGUAAAAAGCUUCCUGAGCAUUUCUGCACUUAUUCUAACAUAAAGCUGCUGCAGCACCAGUGCAUAUCUAUUCUAACUGUAAAGCUUCCUAGGUUCCAGUGCCAUAGUGCUUCCUGAGUGCUGUUGUGCAUAUUCUAACAUAAAGCUCAUUCAUGGACCUAUAUAGAUCAAACAAAUAUCACAUACUUUUUUUUUUCUGACUGAAAACAGAUGAUAAUGAACCUAUAUUGCAUAUGUACUGCAGCCUUAUCUUGUAUUAUCUCUUUUAAAAUCCAUAGAUACAUCUUGAUUUUAUAUUUCCAUUACAGGCCAUAACGAGCCACCUAGAGAAUUUGAAAUGUUUCUUAUGAAAUAGUCACUAAUAUUUUUAGUUUGUGAAUAGUUGUUGUUUUGCAUGUGUUUAACUUUUUAACAAAUCUUUUUCCAACAUACCAAACCUCACAGUACAUUGUUGUUUUGUAACAGGCUGGUCAACAAGGAGACACGAGCAAGAUCCUAUGCCCUUUCAGUGCUGCUUUGUUGCUGUCUGUGUCAAGAAUACACAGAUUUGAGGAUCAGGUACUUUUCAAUGCAUUCUGACUUUUCUUUGUUCUGUAGUGGAACUUCAGGCCUUGGAUUUUGCCAUUUUGAAACAUCUGUAUUAAGCCAUCUUGUGAAAUGUUUUGUUUUCUAUGGUAAAUUUCAGGUGUUUGAUUUUCUUAAAACAACUGUUUUGAAAUCGUAUAAAGAUCAGCAAGUUCAGCAAGGGUCAAAGUUUCUACAGGAUUUGGUUCCUCAGCCAAACGGUGUGUCUUCAAUAUUUCUGGAAACCGUGAAAAACAGGUAAAGAUACACCCAGCUCAAAACACUUUUUUUUUUUUUUUGAUAGAUGAAAAUGAGAUUAAUCAUUGUCAAAAUGCACUUUUUUGUUAAUUGUUUUUUUUUUCUUUAAUCAGAAGAGAAGUUUUAAUUCCUGACAAUUUAAUUGUAUUAAAAUAACAAGAUAAAGCAACAGUGACCUUUUAACUGAUUUACUAUAUAGACCUUUUAAGAUAUUUUUGCUUAUUUUGCAACUAUUUAAAAUUCUGAAGUAUUUUAGGGGUUAACAGUGCCCCCCUUUUGUAAUAUUUUAUAAAAGUGCAGAUUGUGAAGUUACACCCUGAUUCACAGCAGGGAAUAUGUUCAUAAAGAAACAUUUGAUUUACUGCUACUCUGUGAGAAGCAUUCUCUUAGCUCACUAUGGCAAUUUUAUUUUGGCUGCUGGUCUCGGCACCUUUGGUGUGUGGAUAUUCUUGUUGACAAAACAGGCAGCACUAAGGAAUUGUAUAGCUUUACUGUACCAUGGAAGUAAUGGGAUUGUUUGAAAAGUAUCUGCAUUCGUAAAUACAUGUGUCAAGUAACAUUUAAUUUAUAAUAGUGCUGAUUUAUCUUUUUCAGUGGUUACGGAUGGGAUCAUGUUACUCAGGGUCUUUUAGAACUUGGUUUUCUUUUGAUGGAUUCAUUUGGACCAAAAGGGAUUGCAGGGGCAAAACUGACAGAAACUAUUGCAGUUCCUUUAAAAACACCCACACAGCAAGCAUGCCAACUAGGAUCAAAGAUCUUACUGGAGACUUUCAAGGUGAAGUGUUUAAAGAGCAACUCUUUUUAAAUUUAUUUUUAGGAGGACACUCUACUAGCUAUGACUUUUUAAAGUAAGGGGUUAUUUACAUAAAUUACAAGGCUGUAUUGGUUCUUCUUGGCAUGCAGUAAGUGUUGUAAUAUUUUUUAAUUCCCUUACUUAUGCCAUAAGCCCUUAUGGGCUUCUUGUUUGUUACAAUUUAGAUUUGAAACUCUUUAAUUUUUACUCUCUAAAAGGUUGUGGAAAUUUGCAGCUAAACAAAGUUUAUAAUCAUUGACUCACUAACCCUCAUGACAUAUUCAUUGUUCUAUAUUUUUUUGUCAGGUCCAUGAGCCAAUAAGAAGUGAAAUUUUGGAGCAAGUCUUGAAUAGAGUUAUUACCAAAGCAGCUACUCCCAUUGGUCACUUUAUAGGUAACUUAGUUUUACAUUCUUCAUUCUUUGAUAUCUUUAAUAUUCAUGUCCUUCACAAAUGAGGAUGUUUGUGACAAGGUUGCUUCUGUGAAUCAAUAUAUUAUUGACUAUAUUUGUGCUAACCCAAUCUAUGAAGUUAGCACAAGUUUAUCAAUAUAAUAUAUUUUCAAGGUAAGGAAUAAAGAGGAGAGAAAUGUUUUUUUUCUCCUCACUAGAAGAGAAUUAAUAUGGUUGUUUUGUUUGAUAUUUACCUGAUGUUCCCUUCUACUGCACAAAGUUUUCCUUGAAUGCACUUGGUUCAGUUAAACUAAACAAGGUUUCAUGCCAUAUCACAAGCUACAUGUGUGUUGUGUGAGUGUGCAGAAUCUGUAGCUUAAAUUCAAAUGCUGCCAUAACACAAGUAUAAACUAGAAACUACAAGCUAAAUAAAAAUGAGCUUCAUUCAGUAUAGCACAGUAUAGAUUACAUUUAAAUGCAGCAGGCAUUCCCAAUUACAACUCUGGCACACCAAGCUGACCCGAUAUCUCAAAAAAUGUGCCAGAAAUGCUGAACGCUGUUGGAGAAAGUCUCACUCUGCACCUGACUUCCUCCACUAUAAUUGUAUGCUGCGCUCCUACACUCUGGCUUUUUCCUCUGCAAAAAUAAAUUACUUCAACCUCCUAUGCACACUGUCCCAUCAACCCAAAUGCCUAUUUCACACUUUUAAUGCCCCCCCCUCCUCCUACCACCCUGUCUGCCUCAAACUUUGCAACUCACUUCACUGAAAAGAUUUCUACAAUUAGGGAAGAGAUCUCUAACCUCUCUCCCCCCCCUUCCAAUACAUCACCCAACCCCACUCACUCCACUGUUCUUUGCUCAUUCGCACCUACUACAACGGAAGAGGUUUCUACUCUGCUUCGUUCCUCCGCCUCACCGCCUAUUCCCUCGAUCCUAUUCCCUCGUAUCCCCUUUGUACAGCGCUAUGGAAUCUGAUGGCGCUAUAUAAAUAAUAAAUAAUAAUAAUCAUCUCAUCCGCACUUUGUCUCCCUCUCUUGCUCUGCCUCCCACUAAAAUUUUCAAUCUCUCCCUCUCCUCUGGCACAUUUCCUCGACCCUUCAAACAUGCAACCGUAACCCCGAUUCUGAAAAAGCUUAACCUUGACCCUAAUUCCCCGUACAACUACUGCCCUAUCUCGCUACUGCCGCUUGUCUCAAAGAUCCUUGAGAGAGUUGUGUAUGCGAGAUUGACAGACUUCCUCAAAUACAACUCUCUGCUUGACCCACUUCAGUCUGGAUUCCGUGCCCGUCACUCUGCUGAAACAGCUGUGACCAAAUUUAAUUGUUGCUAAAUCUUGUGGCCAUUACUCUAUCCUAAUUCUCCUUGAUUGUUCUGCUGCCUUUGACACUGCUGAUCAUCAACCGCUUUUCAUUCUCCAUAAUCCCGGUCUACGAGAUACUGCUCUUUCCUGGUGCUCCUCCUACCUCUCCCAGCGCUUUUACAGUGUUUCUUUCUCUGGCUCUUCUCCCCAACCCCUCUCUGUUGGCGUUCUCCAAGGUUCUGUCCUUGGUCCCUUACUGUUCUCCAUCUAUACUUCCUGCCUUAGUAAACUCAUCAGCUCCUUUGGUUUCCAUUAUCAUUUAUAUGCAAAUGACACGCAAAUCUACCUGUCCUCUCUUGAUCUCUCUCCGACCAUCUUGACUCGGAUCUCUGACUGCUUCUCCGCGUUUCCAACUGGAUGGCUGCUCACUUCCUUAAACUCAGCUUGUCCAAAACAGAACUUCUGGUCUUUCCUCCACCAAGUGUCACCAUCACCUCUACCUUGCAGGCUCGCUGCCUAGGUGUUCUCUUUGACUCCGACUCUUCACUCCUCAUGCCCAGUCGAUCACCAAAUCCUGCAUCUUCCAUCUCAAAAACAUAGCUCGGAUCCCGCCCCUAUUUAACACCAGACGCAGCUACGGUGCUGAUCCAUGCCGUUGUUCUUUCUCGCCUUGACUACUGCAAUCCCCUUCUUAGUGGUCUUGUGUGUUCCCAGAUUAUACCACUGCAGUCUAUAAUGAAUACGGCGUCAAGACUCAUUUUCUUGUCCGCCUGCACCUCCCACACCUCCCCCUUCUGUCAGUCCCUAUAUUGGCUUCCAGUUGCAUAUAGGGCUCAAUUUAAGAUUCUGGUGCUUGCUUACAAGUCCCUACAUAAUGCUGCUCCAACCUACCUGUCCUCCCUACUACACAAGUAUGUCCCAUUCAGGCCCCUGCACUUUGCCGAAGACCUACAUCUAUCCUCUGUCCGUACUCCCACAUCUUAUGAUCGCCUCCGAGACUUCUCCGGGGCUGCACCUUUUCUGUGGAACUCCCUUCCCUUCUCCGUUAGACUUUCACCUAGUCUCCACUCCUUCAAAAAAUCAUUGAAAACACACUUCUUCAGGAAAGCAUAUAAUUUAAACUGUUAGCAGGUUUUCAUUCCCCCGCUCCCCCCUCCAUGACUCCUCUCCUGCAACUGUCAAAAAUAAGUUACCAGUGAAUACUUUUCUAGCAACCUAUUUCAUUACCCCUACUUAUAUCCUUUGUGUCACUAUACCCCACUCCCUCUAGCAUGUAAGCUCAUUGAGCAGGCCCUAAAUCUCUCUGUUCCUUUGCGUCCAAUUGUCUGGUUAGCUCACCCAUUGUACAGCGGUAUGGAGUUUGCUGGCGCUAUAUAAAUAACAAAAAGUUAAAAUAAUUAUAUUUUAAACGGAUUUUAAUUAUAUGUGUUCAAUGCAAAUGGUAUACUUCAACAUAAAGUAAUAGAACACCUAUACAGAAUUUUGUACAGAAUUUCUUAUCCUGUGUACUUUUGAGAUGAAAAACUCUUUAUAGUAAGGGAUCGCUGACCUUUUAAGAUUACUGUAGUAUACUUAUUAUAAGUAAACUUUGUGUCACUGAAAUUGCAGUGUUGACCUAGACCAUGUUGACACCCACUGAAUGCUUGUAUAUAACAAACAUAUAGGGGAUAGACUAGAUUUUCAGCCUUCUUUUAGUUCAGGUGGAGAGGAAUGUACUCUUGUGACCACUCAGACCCUCCAAAUAAGGUUUUAAACCAGUGAACCAGCUUAAGCAUUGUGCUACCUAACAAAAAUUGUUUUGUGUAUGAUAGAAGUCUAUUAAAGCACCACAAGAGAAACGGUGAGGUUUCAAAACUCACCCUUCUGUUACCAUCAGCUGAUUGUCUAGUUCAGUGGUUCCCAACCUUUUUUCACUUGAGUACCCCUUGGCAGCCUAUUUCCAUAAAUUGUACCCCUCCUAACAGUGAAAUGUUUGUCAUUAAUAUAGUUGCUGUUAUUUCAAAUGUGUAUGUUUCCCUCUGACAAAUCUCCCAUUUUUUCUCUAUCCCAGGCUCCUCCUGCUUCUCUUCUGCCCCAAGUAAGUAUAUGUAUGUGUAAUAUAUGUAUAUUGCACAUACAUAUACGCACACACACAGAUAAUCAUACAGAUACAAACACUGACACACUACAGAUGCACAGACAAACCGAUACAAACACUGACACACGUACAGAUACAUGCACUGACACAUACAGAUGUAUAGACACACAGAUACAGACACACAUGCAAACACUGCUACCCAUGCAAAUUCACAGACACAGCGAUACAAACAAUAAGACAUACAGAUACAGACACACACUGAUACACAUAUACAAUCACUGAUAGAUACACAUGCUGAUACACAGACACACUGUGUAGCUGCAUGUAUGUCAGUAUAUCUGUAUCUGCAUGAGUCAGUGUUUAUAUCUGUGUGUCUGCAUGUGUGACAAUGUUUGUAUCUGUGUAUCUGUAUGUGUCAGUGUGUGUGUGUCUGUGUAUCUGCAUGUGUAUCAAUGUGUCUGUGCAACUGUAUGGGUGUCUGUGCAUCUGCAUGUUUAUCAAACACUAGCAAACAUACAUAUACAGACACACACUGACAUACAUAUGUACAGGCAUACAGAUACAAACACUGACACAUAUGCAAAUACAGUUGCACAAUCACACUAAUGCACACACUGAGACACAUGCAGAUAUACAUACUGACACAUACAGAUACACACUAACCCGCAUCCAGAUGUACAGACACAGAUACAAACACUGACACACAUCAGAUAUAUAUAUAUAUAUACACACACACACUCUCUGAUACAGACACUGGCACACACGCAGUUGUACCGACACACUGAUGUGCUCACUGACCCACAUGCUGAUAUACAGAUAUGCACACUGACACAUACAAACAUUGUCAUAUACAGACCUACUGACACACUUGCAGAUACAGACACACACUACACACAUACAUAUACCCAAAUCUCACACGUAUAGGUCACAAUUUUAGCCACCCUGUUGGUACUUAUCUUUUAGGUGCUGAAGGGUGGCUUUUGCUGGUUGUGGAUGGUGGGAGUGGGGGGCUUGCUCUCCUGAUCCAGCCCCCCUGAUGACUUGCUUUCCUACCCCCUACCCCACUGCUUGGUCUGAGUCUAAGUGAGCUGGGAGAAAGUGACAGGCUAUCUCUGCAGUUUAGAAGGGGCCCAGUCGCACUAUUAUAAAAUAAAUUAUACGUACACUAGGUGGAGUUUCUCACAUCAAAUCUUAAGGCUAUAUAUGCAAUGGGUACAUUUUGUCCCUGUGAGUGGGGACAAAAAGAAAGACAAAAUACUAGUGCAAUAUAGUCUGAAAAAAGUAUUGGAUCUAUUGAUACAUAAGUGGUACACUCACAAAGGAAGAGCCAUUAAUUACUAGGCUCAAUGUGUAAGCUGGAUAGGAUUUAUGGGGUCAUAUUCCCUCUUCUAUAUUUGCUGGAAACUGCUUCCUUUGAUUGUAGUUAUAAAUCCACCAACAUUCAUUUGUAGUAAAUUAGAUGCUUUAUGUUUCAAAAAGUGCAAUAAAAAGAUAAAACCAAGGUGAAUAUAUAAAAUAGAGUCCUUACAGUCUCAAGCAAAGUCUCUCUGUAGCAAAACGCGUUUCACCUCUCCUGGAGGCUUCUUCAGUUGCUGUAUCAAAGUCUAUGGUUCUUUAAUUGGCGUCAACAGGCGUUUCCUGUUUCGUUUGUGUAGAAGGAAGUGAGGUAUGUGCACGUGUGACGUAUUUCCGGCGCUGUUCAUCUGUGCUGGAAUACAACAACGCGACGCAUUCCACCAUUCAGGCACACGUCUCGCGGCUGUUUCCCACAGUCUUCAAGCUCAUAACCGUGCUCACUUCCCGUCAAUGUCACAUGGGCGGAGGAAGAGUGUAAAAGAGAUAACCUAGACAUAAAAGCAAGAACAAUAUGUUCUAUGUAUGCAAUAAAAGAUUCUUAAAGUAGAAUACAUUCUUAAAUCAACUAAAGACCAAUUUAAAAUAUCCAACGUGGUGAAUAGAGUAUGGAUAGAAAUACAAAUAAAACACUAGUUUCCUGACUUAUAUCUCUAUUAUUAUUAUUAUUAGUGGUAUUUAUAUAGUGCCAGCAUAUUCCGUAGCGCUUUACAAUAUUAUCAAAGGGGAGAUUUAACAAUAAAUGAAAGGUUGAAAAGGGCCCUGCUCAAACGAUAUAUGGGUAAUAAUUCAUUGAAAGGUUAUGUUAUAGUGGCUGACUAGAUGUCAAUUAAAGUUAAUAAGUAGUACAUCCUAAUUGACAUUCUUUACAAUUGUAAGUAUAUAUGCUAAAAUUUCUUUACAGGAAGAAAUCUAAUAUUAUAAAACAUCAAAACACCCUAUUUUCCUACUGUUAUGCCCAUACAUUGAUAAAACACCAUGGGGUAGUUUUUUCCCACUUGUGGAUUAAUGUUCUAUUGGAAAAUAGGUUAAGUGGUGUUACUUUACAACUAUUUAAAAAAAACAAAACCAAAAAAAACUUGGCAAUAAAAUAUCUACUAAAAUGGCACAUUACAAAAUCUGAAUUUAAACCAUAUGGCAUCAGUGUUAAAAUUAAAUAUGAAUUUAAUUUCCUCUGUGCCUAAUUUUUUUUACAUAGUCUCCUCCUCUCUAGUCUCUUUCUACUUCCUUUAUAGAGCAAAAAACUAAACCAUCCAGAUUCUGGUUAUGUACCAUUUUAGAAGGAUGUAGAAUGCUGUGGGUCUCUACACUUUUUAUAAUGUUCCUCACGUGUUCUGCAAUUCUAACUCUCAAUUCCUCACACGUUCUGUGAUCCUAACCCUCAAAUCAUUCUUUUCUAAUUUCACACUUUUAUAAAGCACUAUUACACAGAUCCGAACCUGUGCAGUGCGUCUGCACCGGGGGCAGAGCCGCCAUUACCAAUUAAUUUUUUCGUACACCUGGGGGCACUUGUUAAUACCCCUGGGGGUACACAUACCAUGAGUUGGGAACCCCUGGUCUAGUACAAACACCAUUGCUGGUAAUUGAAACCUUUCCUAGGAAAUGUAUACUGGUCUGUUAUUUACAGCAACAAUUAAACACAGCAUAUAUCCUAAAUAUCCAAAGAUAUUGGAGUUUGUUUCUUUAUUAUUGCUUCUACGGAAUACCAUGUGGGAUGGCAGCAUAUGUGUUUCAUAUCCUACUGAUGCCUAUUCAUAGGCUGGGACUUGAGUAGACUGUAGGUAGUAGUAAGAUUCUUGUGUCUAGUGUCUGCAGUAUUAAACAUAUACACCCCAUUAGUCUUUGUUUUGGUAGAGCAUAUUCGUUUGUCAAGUAACACAUUGAUAUGUGGAUUUACAGAUCUGCUUUCAGACAUUGUUGUUUCUGCGCCACUGAUUCUUCAGAAUUCAUCAUCUAAAGUUACUGAAGCAUUUGAUCACCUGGGCUAUCUACCUCUUAAAACUGUGCAGGGCCUAUUGAAAGCUGUUCAGGUAAUAAUGUAACAAAUGUAUGGAUUUCACACAUUGCAAUGGUUAUUUCAAAGUUCUAAUCUGUUACUGAUUUAUUGCCGCACACAUGUUAUCAAUAUCCACUCAUCUAAUUCUUAUACUGUAGUUUCCUUUUUUUUAAUAUAUAUAUAUUCAAAAAAUAAUGCAACUUGUUGGAACCUUUUAUUAUACCAUCAUUUUGAAUUUGAAAUCCCCAUGCAAUCAGAGAGCAUUGCCAUGUGUUUGUCCCUUUAUGGAAAUAUGAAGGAUCUCUAGUACUGAUGAUCUCCCGACUAAUCCAAUGCUACUGUAUAAGUAUUGUCUUCCGUUCUGUGCUUGGUCACAAAGUAAUAAGGAAGAGCACCCCCCUAAGUAGGUUGACCGCGAAGAAGGUGCAACGUAGGAGCUUUAUAAAUUUCAGAUUUCUGUCACUUUAUAGGGGGUCACAUUUCACUCAUUAAGGAGAGUAAGUGUGAAAGAGUUUUUAGAGACUGUAUAAAUAAUAAUUUCUUAAUGCUGUUUAAAAAUGCCUUAUGUGGUAUGGCAUAUCACAUACGCCUUUCUAUAAUUUAAUGCACAGCUUUUUCAUUUUCAUGUUUAUUGAAGUUGUGUUUUGGAACCUAUGAUCUGAGAAUACCAUUCAUUCUUUCACAGCCACUCCUUAAAAUCAGUAUGUCUAUAAGGGAUUCACUCAUUCUCGUUCUUAGAAAAGCAAUGUUUUCAAGGUAAGAAUGCUGAUCCCUCUCAUCCAAUUUUUCUACAUGAAUUAAUUAGUCUUCACUCUUUUUCUACUACCUUUUUGAAGCUAGUUUAAGAUUUUGCAAAAGUAACAUUUUAACUUUCUCUUGUGUGCUGGCAGUCAGAUAGAUGCACGCAAAUCAGCUGUUGCUGGAUUCCUGCUUCUAUUAAAGAAUUUUAAGGUCCUUGGGAGUUUGUCGUCCUCGCAGUGCAGCCAAGCCAUCGGUGCCAGCCAGGUAAUUACUAUUGGUAUUCUUGUGAUUCACAAUUUAAUAUUACGCGCUAACAUAGCAGACCCUGUCUGUAUGCAGUCAUACUUUCUUCCAUUCUUCAAGUGUAUUUCAUAUUUCACAGGUACUAGUUGAUGUUCAUACACGCUAUAACUCUGCCGCUAAUGAGGCCUUUUGCCUGGAAAUUCUGGGUAGCCUGAGGAGAUGUUUAAGUCAGCAAGCUGACGUGAGGCUUAUGCUUUAUGAGGUUAGUAAUGUAUGUUUUCAUGUCUCUUAUUUCUUCAAAGCAUUAAUACGCUAAGGAUAUUCCAGUGUGAUAAACAGUGUGCUCACAAACUCUGGAUCCCACGAUCUAGAAAUUAAUCGACACUGCAAAACAUUGAAUCCUUCAUUUAUUCGUAAAUAACAUAAUAAGGAAAAUAAAUCUUCUAGUUUUGUUCUGUUUGUAUUAUUAGGGAUUCUAUGAUGUUCUGCGUCGGAAUUCCCAGCUCUCAAGCUCCAUUAUGCAGACUCUAUUGUCACAGGUAUGGCAACUAGACGCUAGGGACGUAGUUGGAUAACUUUGUUAUUGGUAAGUUGCUGGCUUAGCACAGCAACUGAGGAAUUAUGCUCUAUUGCAGGUAUUCAUUUCCUGUCCUGUGGUAGUAGGCUGUUGCUUUCCUUAGAAUAGCUGAGGUAUUAGCCUGCGGUCACUAUUUAUACUCUCCUUUGGGUCAUAGUAGUCUUCUGUUUACCUUGUAACAAAGGUAUACAAGUGGAGAUACAUACAGCACUAGUACCUUGUUAUCUUUGGCCAUAUGAUUACUUCAUGCAAUAUUAGAACCAGUUUCCACCAUUACCAUUGGUCUCCCUUACUUGCUAUCUCACAUUUUGUCUAUUUCAGUUAGUGUAUCUGAGGCACAACUUAAUAGAGCCUGAUUAGGUACACAUUUACUGAUUGUAGUCUUAGUCAGUCCUUAGCUACCCCCGUACACUAUUUGAUAUUUUAUUUUAAGCUGUAUACAACAUUUUCCAAUUUUUGGAACCUAGUGUUCCACCAUUUUGUAGUUGUCUAAUCUACAGGGUUCAUGCCCAGGAUAGACUGGUACUAUCCUCUCUGAUUCUUUUUCACCAGACCUGCUGGUCAAGUGAAAAGGCUGUUUAGCUUAGUUGGUUAAUUUGCAUGUUCUCACUGGUGGUGACCUGAAGACAAACUAUAGGUUUCAUGUAGUGAAUUGUCCACUCUUGGUCCCCCAUCCCCCAUUUGUUUUUAUUUUUUCCCUUUUUUUAUGUAACAUAGACUUAUGUUGUGACAUAACUUACAGUGCAAACAUUCUCAGUCCAUUCCCCUUUUUUCAUGUCUUGUUCUGUACAGUUAAAGCGUUAUUAUGAACCAGAGCCCGAUCUGUUGCCUCCUUUGAAGCUUGAAGGUUGCAUCACUGCUCACGGAGAGCAGAUAUUUUUGCAAGAACCUCUGGUACGUUUCACAUAAUAUCCCCAAUUUUUUUUUUUUGUUUGAUUUUAGUCUGUUAGUACACUUAAUACUUGAAAUUUGGUGCCAAAAUGAACACUGCACAGAGAGAAAGGUCAAAAGAGGCUUUUACUAAACCCAUUAGAUUUAAGUCGUGUCCACUAUAAUCUGCUGGAGAUUUAGUGGAUUAAAACUAAAACAAUUCAGAUGACUAAAAUACUACUAAAACUAAAAUGGCUUUUUAGUCAAAAGACUAUGACUAAAGCUAAAUUGAAAUUUGAUGCCAAAAUUAACACUGGAUGGUUCACAAAAAAGCACAGGUUAAGGAGAUCAAAAGAUCAUUGAAAUGUUGGUAUUUUUUGCAAUGGAGCAAGCAACAUUUGUGCUCCCUUGCAGCUUUGCAUAGUACAGCGAGUCAGAGCCAUUAGUGUAGUAUGGAACAUCGUGUCCGAUUAUAUUUUAAUAUCAAAGUAGAAAAUUAUAUUCAGGCAGCAACUGAAAAGAAAGGAAAAUUAAUAUAAAAAAAAAGUAGUGAACAAGGGAAGGCCGGAUUACAGUGUAAUGAAAGAGGAGAGAUGUGGGGACUGCAAAGGUCUACAUAAUCUCCAUGUUUUUGCAGUGCAUAUUAUUAUUGUCAUUUUUAUAGUCCCAACUUAAUCCGUAUUGCUUUACAAUGUUAUAAAGGGGCAAGUUGAACAAGUGAGACAAAAUACUAGCUUGAUGAGGACCCUGCUCAAUUGGCAACACUUGAUGUUGUGGGAUGCAAAUGAAAAGCACUUAUAUGGGUAUAUAGCAUUAAUUUUCUGCAGGAGUUAAAACCGUUACAUAUAAUUCCACACUAAUAGCUGUAAUUAAUUGAUUUCUCUCCAGCAACAACUGAAUGCUUCAUAUUGGCAUAUAGGUGUUUCAUUAAAUAUUUACCAUUAAUAUGUCCUACUUAAAAUGAUUUACACCUGAACAAAGUUUCUGUUCUUGCCAUCAGGCACACUUGCUCUGCUGUAUUCAUCAUUGCCUAAGCUGGUACAGGAGCAGUUUACAGCAGCAGAGAAACAGAGAAGAUGAGGAUGACGAUGAAAUGGGAUGUCAACAAGACCUUGAUGAUAUACUGAAUUCCAUUACUAGGAGAAUGAUUAAAUGUGAUUUAGAAGACUUUGAAUUGGUGAUCCUCUCUUUUUCCUUUUAUUUUAAAAGAUUUUUGUGGCUCGGAUGUAGAACAUUUGUCCCAAAUUUAUGCUAAAUAAUCUUUGCUUUCUUUAAUGUAGGAUAAGUCUGCAGACUUCUCCUUAUCAUCUGGAGUCGGAGUAAAGAACAAUAUUUAUGCUGUUCUGGUGAUGGGACUUUGUGAAGUCCUAAUUGAAUAUAACUUCACCGUGGCAAAUUUUAGGUAAGAAUCUUACUGCACUAAACUUUUACUCUACAAUCAAAUUUUAUAAAGCAGGGGUGGGCAAACGAUUUUGUAGACAUGCAGCUUCCAUGAUUUGCCAUUUUUUUUUUUUCAAAUUUAUAUUUUAUUGUGUUAAUCGAGGUUGUGGGGGUACAGAAAAGAAGGUGGGAGGGUUGGUUAAACAGGUAACAUCUCUGUAUGACACUCAUGAUUCCAAAACAAUGUGUCACCAUUAUGCGAGAGACAUUGUUCCAACACAGUAGUAAUAGUAACAACUAACAAUUGUGCACAAGGUAACAUCAGUACAUUCUUAACAAUGUGGCAUUAACUUUCAUGAGACAAUAUAGUGCUGUUACAUGUGCAAGGUGUUCCGUUUGUCGUCGCCUGCAUUGUAAAUCGUCAGUGGCGAAAGGUAGCACUAAUUGUCGUAAAGUUUCUUCUUGUCUUUUCGUUAGGUGCUGGGUGGUAGGGGUCCGGUAGGGGGUCUAGAACCUGAGUGGGGGUCUAAGGGUGUCCGGGGGGGCGGGGGGGUUAUAGGUGGGUGGAGUGCAUGGGUGUGCGCGAGCAAUACCCGUAAUUCGUUGGUGGUUGUCUUGGUCUGGUGGUAGAACUGCUGUGGCGUAGGGGGGCUAGUCCGGGUUGCAGUCCCGGUUAGUGCUUGUGGUAGUGUUUGCUAUUGUUAGUGUUCUGUCCUUUAUUCGUCCAAACUCUCUUUCCCAUUUACCCCAAGUAACGUCAAAUUGUGUGAUAUUCUUAGCAGAUGUGGUUGCCAUUCUCUCAUAUAUAUGGAAUUGCCCUAUUUUAUCUGUCAGCUGUAGCAAAGAAGGGCAGUUUUGGGAUUUCCAGUUGAGUGCUAGGAGAUUUCUUGCAGCCAUGAAAACUAACGUUAUGAUUUGUUUUUGGCCUGGGUUAAGGCCUGUGGGAAGCAGGAGCAUUAGGCAAAUGGGUGCUGUUAGUUCAAAUUUUGGAAUGUCUAGUGUGUCUAGGAUUGACCUCGUGGCAGUCCAGAGAGGUUUGAUGCCUCUGCAAGACCACCACAGGUGUAUCAGUGUGCCUGGGCUUGAUUGGCAUCCAGCUCUUGUCGCGGGAAAUAGUUGGUGAAGUCGUUGUGGGGUCAUGUACCACCGGUACAUGAGUUUCCUGUGGGCCUCUAUGUGUGAGAAACAUUUUGUUUGUUUGGACAACCCAUUCAGUGUUUGUAGCCACUCCAUAUCUGUUAAGGUUAUGUCACAGUCUAUCUCCCAUUGGGCUUUGUGCGAAUGUGGUUUAGCUGGCGUGAGUUCUUGCCACGUUUUGUAACAUAGUGUGAGUGUUUUAGGUUUAUUGGGUGAGGACCAGCAUCUGUCAAUCAGCAGCUGUGAAGUGGUUUGUGGGGAGCUGUUUGGGUUGUGUGCGGUAGUUAUGUGUGCUUGUAAUACGCUUUUAAUCUGUAAGUAGGAGAAGAUGGCUCGGCUGGGGAGUUUCCACUGCGUUUGUAGUGUGGGGAAGGGUGUUACUUCCCCUUCGGUCAUCAGUUGGGAUAUGUGUUUGAUCCCUGCUUUAUGCCAGUCUUGAAGUGGUAUGUCUGUUACCAUUGUUCUGAGUAUCGAGAUGGGUGAUUUGGGGUGGAAGGAGUUGUUAUAUCCAUUGGCUCCCAUGAAUUCAUCCCAUACUGCCAGCGUGAGCUGGGUGGUUGGGAAGAGAUCCUGUCGUCGCGGUCUGAGGUGUUUGGGUGUCCAGAGAUAGUCAAGUAGGCUUUGGUUGCGGAAUUGUGCUCUUUCCAUGUCUACCCAUUGAAUCGUAUUAGGUGGUGUGUGGGAGAGGACAGGAUAGCCGCUCUAUAGUACUGUCUGAGAUUGGGGAGACCAACUCCGCCAGAGCGGGUGUCUGUUUGGAGGAGUGCCAUGGAUACCCUAGGUUUCUUACCCCCCCAGAUGAAAGUGCUGCAUAGUUUUUGUAGUGUUUUGCAGCAUUGGGCUGGUAUUUUGAGGGGGAUCAUCCUAAAGACAUAGAGAAUGCGGGGCAGGAUCAUCAUUUUGUAGGCAUUAAUCCUCCCCAGCCAUGAGAUCAUCGUAUGUUUCCAUUUGUGCAUUUCAGUGUUGCAGAGCGUUUGUAAUGGUGUGUAGUUUAAUGUUAUCGUGGCCGAAGUGGAGGGUGCCACUUUUAUCCCCAGGUAUGUAAUGGAGGCGGAUCUCCAAUCAAAUUUGUAUGUGGUGCGAAGGGAGUUUAUCAGGGUUUUUGGCAGGUUGAUGGGUAGGGCUUGGGUUUUGUCUUGAUUUAAUUUGUAGUAUGAGACUUUUCCAAAUUGUUGUAUGAGUUCCAGCAUAUGUGGUAAAGAGCGGGUGGGGUCUGUUAGUGCCACGAAAAUGUCGUCGGCAAACAGGGCCAGGCUGUACCUCUUGUCUCGUAUGGGGAUUCCUUGUAUGUCUGGAUGUGAUCUGAUUUUGCACGCUAGGGGUUCCAGGGCUAGUAUGUAUAGAAGGGGCGAGAGGGGACAUCCUUGUCGGGUGCCGUUAGUAAUAGAGAAGGGGUUGGACAGGAAGCCUCCAUGGGAGACUUUGGCCGCUGGUUUGUGAUAUAAUGCCAUUAUGCUUUUGAUCAUGGACAUGGGGAAGUUAAAUUUGUGUAGGGUUUUAGCCAUGUAUUCCCAAUUUAGCCGGUCGAAGGCCUUCUCCGCGUCAAGCGCGAGGAAGAGUCCCUUCAAACCCCUAGUGUCUAGCGUGGAUAACAUGUUCAGGAUUUUCCUGGUGUUGUCUGAGCCCUGGCGCCCUUUAAUGAACCCCGACUGGUCAUUGUGUACCAGUUUGUGUAGGAGAGGAGCUAGUCGGUUGCUGAUGAGUUUAGCAUAGAUUUUGGCAUCCCCAUUGAGUAGGGAAAUGGGCCUGAAGUUUUUACAUUGAGUGGGGGGCUUGCCAGGCUUAGGGAGGGUGGAUAUGUGGGCCAGCAGCAUCUCCUCUGGUAAUGCGCCUGCGGUGGCGCAGGUAUUGAGGAGUUUUAGUAACUGUGGCGCGAGGAUGUGUGAGAAUUUCUGGUAGUAUGCGUUAGUAAAGCCAUCGGGGCCAGGGGAUUUGUGGGCUGGUAGUUUCGAUACUACAGCCGUGAUCUCGUCUAUGGAGAAUGGUUGUUGUAGCAGGUCUAGGUCAUCGUUUGUUAAUUUUGGUAGGUCAAGUCCCGUCAAGAACCCGUCAAUGUCGUCAUGUGUAGGUAAGAACAUGUUGGGGUCAGUUUUAAGGUUAUACAAUUCACUGUAAUAUUUCGCAAAUUGGUCUACAAUACAUUGUGGGUUCAAAGUCUUCGCUCCCUUAUUGUCUACUAGGAAGGCAAUCCUGGAGGCCACACAUCUCUCCUUUAGUUGUGACGCUAGUUUGGCGUCCGCUCUAUUUCCGUUGGCAAAAAAGUUAUGUUUAGCUUUGCGUAAAAUAUAUGUUGUUUUAGCUAGUUCUAUGUUUCUUAAUUGAUUUUGGAGGUCUAUCAAUUUUUUGCAAGUGGCCCUAUUUGGGUCCCUUUUGUUGGAGUGCGUUAGUGUGGCUAUUUCUGUUACCAGGGAGUUAUAGGUUGCGAGCCUUAUUUUCUUGGCUCUACUGGCGUGUUUUAUAAGGCUGCCUCGUAUGACCGCCUUGUGCGCUAGCCAGAUUUGUUCUAUCGGUGAGUCUUGCGCCGUGUUUUCGGCGAAGUAGUUCUGUAGGUCUGAGGUAACCUGCGUCACUACAUAGGGGUCCACCAGAAGAGACUCAUUCAGCCUCCAGGUGCCUGUCCCUUUAUUGGGGAAUGUUUCCUUGAUGCUUAGGGUGACGGGUGCAUGGUCUGACCAUGAUAUUGUUCCAAUAUUAGCUUCCUCUAUAUUAGUUAUGGAGGAUGCGGGGAUGAGAAAGCGGUCUAUCCGGGAGUAACUGUUGUGUGCCAGUGUAUGGCAUGUAUAGUCAACUUCUGUGGGGUGGAGGAUGCGCCAUGGGUCUACUAAGUGGUGAGAGGCUAGCGUGGCGCAUACUUUGGCUGUUAGAGCCGCUCGUCUCCUCAGGGUGUUUUUAGAGAGCCCUGCAGCGGUGGAUGAGUCAGACUCACUAUCUAGUAAGAAGUUUGUGUCGCCUCCAAUGAUUACCUCCCCAUAUUUGUACAUAUCAAGUGUGGCCAGAGUCGAGGUUAGGAAUUCGUGUUGGUUUUCAUUAGGACUGUAAAUAUUGACUAGCGUAUAUGGGUUAUUGUUAAGAAGGCAUUGCAAAAUCAGGUAGCGCCCUUUUCUAUCAGUUAUUUUGCGAACCAGGGAGAAUACUACAUCCUUACUAACUAGAAUGGAAACACCUCUUUGCUUGGCCGUGAAACAGGUGUGGAAGCCAUGAGGAAACCAUUUAGAGGUGAAUUUUGGUCUAUCUUUCCACCUGAAAUGCGUCUCCUGAAAGAACGCCACUAGAGCGCCACUUUUCCUUGCCUCUUGUAUAGCCAGCCUGCGCUUGUGCGGGGAGUUAAGCCCUUUUGCGUUUAGGGACAUAAUUUUAAUUACCAUGACCUAUACGUUUGGGUCGCUGCGCACAUGAAUAUAAAGGAUUCAGAGUUGUCUUGCAAGAUAGGUAGAACGCCUUUACGGGUAUGCUGGCAUGGGGAGGAGGGGAAACAACAGGGUAAUAACUAUAUACAAAGUUCCGUAUGUCACCAUAUGGGGACAUUAGGUCGCAUCAAGCAACGGACAAGUAUGGCUCUCAGGAGGCCUUAAGAGCCUUGGGGGUGGCCCACGUGGAGCCGGUUGGCACUAACCACAAUGCUCGUGGUUGUGGCAGUGCUUGGGUGUAGGUAAAGCGGUUUUGGGAGUUCCUCCUCCCUGUCACGGCUUGGGCUAAAAACAUUUAACCGGUAAUAUUGGAGCAGAUUACAAGGGGAAACAAGUUAAAGAAAAAUUAUAGAACCUGUACGUCUAGUCCAUUCGGUUUUCACCGACAUAGGUUUAAUCAGGAGCUUCCUUCAUGGAGGAGAGGUUCUGCGGUCGGCGGAUGUGCGCGGGGUUUUCGUUGUUCGGUUCCAAUCUUUUGCGAGGGGUUUUGGUACCGCGUUCAAAUGUGGUCCCUUGGGGUCGUUGUCGUGUAGCGGAAUGUCCCAUUCCUGGAGGAUCCUCUUUCCUUCUUCUGGGCUGAGGAUUGGUUUGUCCACGCCAUUCCGCUUGAUCAGUAGCUUCGUAGGGAAGCCCCAUUUGUAGGGUACAUUUGCUGCUCUUAGUGCUGCGGUGAUGGGCGCGAACGUGCGUCAUGCAAGCAUGGUUGUUGAUGAGAGGUCUGUGAAGAGCUUGAUGUCUGUGUAUGGUUCCGGCCAGCGGCCUGCCGUUCUGGCUGUUUGCAUGAUGCGGUCUUUGAUUAGGUAGUAGUGGACCCUCGUAAUGGUGUCCCUUGGCGUGUCAGGUGGUAGGUGCCUGUGUUUAGGGAGUCGGUGUGUCCUAUCUAGGAUUAACUCCGCAUCAGCCAGGGAGGGGAUAAGCAUUUUGAAUAAGUCCUGCACAUAUUGGGUUAAUCUUGUCUGUGUGACAGAUUCUGGGAUACCUCUUAUGCGGAUAUUGUUCCUCCUGCUUCUAUCCUCCUGGUCUGCUACCUUCCCUUCCAGUAUUUUGAGCUUCUGUAUAGGGAUGCAUGUGCCUCUGCCAUGGAGUUGUGUGCAUCAAUCAAUUCCUCUGUGCGCUCUUCCAGGCGCGCUGUGCGUUCCCCAAUGCUGUUUAUGUCUGAUCUGAUGUCUGAUGCUAUUUUCUGCAAGUCUGCUUUAAAUGAGGAUUUAAGCUCCAGCAUGAUUGAUCUGAUGGAAGAGUUUGUGGCUGGGCUGUCUUGGCUAUGUCUGUGAUCCCCUGCUUCAGGGUCACAUGUUGGGGAGUUGGGCCUAUCGGCGCCAUCUUGUUCGCCAUGCUCUGUGCUGUGGUGCCUCUCCAGAUGAGCAUGCAUUGUUUUCUGCUUCAUUUUUCGUUGCGGUUUCGCCGCCAUUUAGUGAGAGGGUAAUUCCCCUUGAUGUUGCUAGCUUUAGCCGGCAGUUUGCUGCUUAAACCACGCUGUGUUAGCCGAGAUGUCGGAGGAGCUCCGGUCUCACACGUCCGCUCACAUCCGCGGUCAGGACACGCCCCCCAUGAUUUGCCAUUUUGAUGGCUGGGUAUGUAAUGAGAAAGUAUCAUAGCAGUUGUAGCCAUAUUUAGUGGUCCCAAACUGACAGAUGCAGUAAAUGUUAAUGUUGGGUUAGGUAUACAUAUAGGACAGCCUGCAAGUUGCAGUUCUACAACAUAUGGUGAUCUACCGUUUUCCCAGUCCUGAAAUAAGAUAUUAGAAGAAAGCCCUUUCUGUAGAAAGAAAACGAACACAAUACCUAACCCAACAUUAACAUAUACUGCAUCUGUCAGUUUGGGACCACUAAAUAUGGCCCUAGGUAUUGGUAUUAAUAGAUACCUGGUCUCACUGAUGUGAGCAUGGAUUAAAUACUUAUCACACCAAAAUAUUAUAUAAUUGUGUCCUAAUGUUGUUAAAGCUCACUCUGUCAAAGAACCAUAUGGAACGUCCUAAUGUCCUUAAGAGCUAUCAUUACUAAAUGCAUAUAUAAUGUAUUUUGUACAUAAUGCCUUAUUCUGAAGUGACCCUUGAAAAACACCAGAUCAGUGUGAAAAAGAUGGUUUUAGAAUUAGUAAAUGGAAUAUUUUUUAUUUUUUUUGUUUAUGUACAAUGCAUGGAAAACUGUUUUAAAAUGUAAAUUCUCUUCCAUUUUCCUAAAAAUACAAUAGGCAUUGAAUAACUGUUAGACACGUACAUACGUAGAUUCUGUGUGCUUGAUUAUUCAAUAGCCAGUAGCAUGUGUCCUGCCUUACUUUGAGAGCACCCUGUUUCUCAUUUUCAUUCUGCUCUUUGUAAUCCCAAGAAAUUUUUCCUACUUUAUCUCUAGCAAAAGCAAGUUUGAAGACAUUAUUGGCUUGUUCAAAUGCUACACCAAGCUGUCUGAUAUCUUAAAGGAGAAAGCAGGAAAAGGCAGAUCAGCUGGGAAUAAUAAAAUGUCCAGAAGUCUAGUUUCAAUGCAUUUUGUUUGCACACUUUUAACAUCGUUAUUCAGGUAAAGAAUACAUUAUCAAAUUUAUACUUUAGAAUACUGUAUGAUUAGAUCUCGUCUUUAACUGAGAUGCUUGUGAAUAGAUGAAUUAAUGUAUGAUGCAUUGUUUUAAAUUAUCCUUGUUUAAAAAGUAAAUCUAGUCAUUGGGCAACUCACACUUGCUAGUGGUAAGUGAACAUUUUGAGCCCUGCUGUAAUUCACUCCUGAUGAUAACUAGAGCAGAUGAUAUUAAAUCUCUAUUAAAAAAUAAAGCAUGUCCCUACUUACAAUGUAUACAAAACACUCAGUUUGUACCGUACGCACCACUUAUUAUGCCAUAUUUCUUUCUAGAUGCAUAAAGUACAAAAAGGCUUAGGCAAUCCAAAGUUCAGAAAUGGCAUUUAUUGAAGUUACAUUGGGCUUCAAUAAAUUGCCAUUUCUGAACUUUGGAGUGCCUAGACCUUCUUGUACUUGCAUACUGUUAUUGGGACCUGGUGCUUGGUCCUGGUUUGGUUGCACCCUGGCUCAGAGUGAUGGGAUGGAGUGCAGUUCCUUAUUGUUUUUUUUCCCCCAAAUUUUUUUUAUUGUAAAUGCAUGACAUGAACGACUUCAACAACUUAGAAGCAGCCUUAACAGUUAGAGACAUUCAAUCACUUAUAUUCACUAUUUUGUAGUUUCCUCAACAUAAACCAGAAUAAAACAAAAUAAGAUUUACAAAACAAAAUAGGUUCCUUAUUGUUUUUUGAAAAAUAUUUCUUUUUAGAGACAGCACCCGAAGUCAUGAGGAAGCUUUGAGUGUUCUUCGAGCAAACCUAGACUUCAUGCGGUACUCUGUUUGUGUUGCUUUGCAAAAACUUCAACAGAUUGAAGAAACUAGCGUCACAGAUGGACCCGAUGGUCAGAACAGUGAAAAAAUGUUCCAGUGCAUCUGUGAAAUAACUCGGUAAUGGCCAUUAAAGGCUCCUUAGAGUAUGUUCCUUCUCUUCUUUCUAUUUCUGUUCUUUACAUUCUCUAAUUUUAUUGCCUUUUGGCUCCCUGCAUUCUCUUCUUUCUCUUUUUGACGGUCUUGGUCAGGCUAAACCUUGAGUGUAGGUGUGUGUAUUGAUUUUCUCACCUCUCCGGUUAGUAUAUAUUUUUUCUAUUCCUCAUUCUCGAGUCUUCUACCAGAAGCCAGGGAGUCUGAGGGUUUUGCGCAGUAUCUUAGCUAGAACUGCACUCCUCUGGACAGGGAUCUCAGAUGUCCUACCUGGAAUCUGCUGAAGCCACUCCCCCAACUUGGAGUUUACAGCCCUGAGUGAUCCUGUCACAACUGGGACUACUACUGCCUUCACUUUCCAAAUCCUUUCUAGCUCCUCUUUCAGUCCUUGAUAUUUGGCAACCAUCUCAAGUUCUUUCUUCCUGAUGUUAUAGUCACUGGUUAUUGCAACAUCCACCAUCCCUUCUGUUCCUUGUCUACAACCACAAUGUUGUUGAAAAGGAACAUAGCCCUGUCAUUCUCAACUACCCAUUGUGACUUCUCCUUUCUGGACUAAGGCAGGUCCAGCCCAUAUUCUGUGCAUAUAUUUCGGUACACAAUCUCACCAACUUGGUUGUGCCUAUCGGUUUAUGCUGUCCCUGCUAACAUCUUCACAUUGGAGGCGUGGUCAAGAGAUUGAUCAAAUUUCAUGCAUGUAUCGGUUAAACAAUAAUUCUAUCCAUUUGUAUCUAGGGUACUUUUGUGGCGGUACACCUCAAUUCCAACUUCAACAGAGGAUUCCGGGAAAAAGGACAAAGGGAAAAACAUAUCAUUGCUGUGUCUUGAGGGUUUGUUAAAAGCAUUUAACACCAUCCAGCAACAUUAUCGACCCAAAAUAUCACAGUUUUUUGCUGCUCUGGGUAAGCACUUUUUAGAGCAUACAUAUUCUCCAAAUUCUUAUGCUAUAGAUGUUUAGACCUCUAUUUCUCCAGUGAUCACAUCUAAACACAGGGUUGUCCAAGUUGCCCCUCUUACAAUUAUAGAUAAUGAGUACACUUGGGCUUUUUAGUUAAAUGGCUGGUAAGCUUUAUGUUAACAAUAAAAAUAUGAUUUCAUCACGGAAAGCAAUCUACUAUCACGCUCUUCUGAUAAAUUGUUAGCCUCGGUUCUCUUUUUUGCACUUUGCUAAAUGAGUAAUGUGAACUGUGGUGUCCAUUGCAAACUUUGCAACGGAUGAGACUGUAUCACUUAAUGACACAAUGUACUGAAUGAAGUAUGUGUGUCAAGUAUGCUUAUUAAUACAAUUCUAAACUUAAUAUUGAUGGAGCCUGGAAAUGUGACUGAUUCACAUCAUAUCACAUCACAUGUUUGAGUCCAUGGCCAAUGUUUCAGGAAAUGUAGUUUUUCUUAUUUGCUCAGAUUAUAGUGAUAAGAAUACACCGUGUUAAUUUCAUUGUAUUUACACUAAUUGCUAUAGACCUCUAAUACCCGAAUACACACUCAAUUGUCUGAAAAUCUAGAAAAUAGAGACAGCAAGUUUAAGUCUGACACACAAUUUUUAUAUUUUCUUUUUAAUCUUGAUCUGUUUCAGAUGAUGACAAUGAAGACUCUUUGGAAAGUAAUGUCACGGAGAGGGUUGCUUCUCAUAUUAAGCAGUUUCAAGUAAGUGUCUGAAUUAUAUUGUCUCUACUAGUAACUUGUGAAGCAAUAGUCCAGUUAAGGUGAAAGAUAAUGGAUGUUAUUGGGUAAAAACCAAUUGUGGGUUCUUGUUCCCUUCUAACAGCAUGCAAUCAGUUUUAUGUAAACACUACUCCUUUAUACUUAAGCAGGGGUAACUUUCAUUUGGUUACUAGUAAGAGGGCAUAGGUUUUUUUCUAAGCAACACAUUCUCAAGGACUGCAAAGAAAUCAAACCCUUAAAGUGACACUCCACUGUGCAAAUAUACCAUUUUUAAAAAAUCACUAUUUAUUAGAUAUACUCCUAAUGCUUUAUUUUCAUCAAGUGUGUAUGUAAAAACAGCUGGCAAGAGCUGCAUCUUUUGAAAGACACCCCCUUCUUCCCCAGCAAAGACUUUUUGUGACUAAUCAAUCACAAAUGUCCAAAUGCAGCUCAGUGAGAAGUCUGUGCAAGGCAGCUGCCCUGAUCCAUUUUCUGGCUUUCCGAGUUUAGUUCUAUUGAGCUAAACUACCAGUAAGUAACAGUACCAGGUCUCUGAAAGCUGGGGGGUGGGGUGUGUAACAUUUCUAGUGAAAUCUGCACUUUUUGUAAAAUGAAGAAAGAGGACACUCUGCACACGUCCAGUGCUUUAAGGGUCUGAAGUUUCCCUUUGACUAAGAUGGGGAGGAGUACCUGUAACAUGUAAAUUUUCAUUUUUGUCUUUAAUUAUUGUGUACUGUGGUUCACUUUUAUUUUUUAUAGUGAUACUGUUGUAGCUACCAGUGUAUGAAAUAAUUGUGGGUUUCCCACCUAAAAGUAGCAAAUAGGGCAUAUUUGGAGGACUAUGCACUCUCAAAGUAUGAUCCCAUGAUCCCUUCAAGUCAUCUGGAGUACAUAUUGUGAUCACACACACACUGUAAUCCAUCAGGAGGGUACAAUAUUUUGUCCAAAAUCCUUUAAAUGCACCUCUAUAUCUACAGUUGUCUGUUCUCCCCUAAAGAGAAUGUUGACAUGUGCAGGUUCAACAUCUUGAUUCAAAUUUGAUUCUUUGGACCAGAUGUACACUGAACAUACGUUGGUUUUCCUUAUUUUUUUAUAUCUCAUAUAUGUUUACUGUGGCGUAAAUGUGCUCAUUGACAAAAUAACUAGGCAUCUAUCGUAAUGUAUGUACUGUAAAUAUGUAAUCUAAAUUAGUUCUGGGUAAUAUUUCCCCUAGAUGAUUUAGUUUUAUAGCAUUUUAAUCCCUUUAUGGCAAAAGGGAUUGGCUAAACCCUUCUGUAUUCUGAUUGUUAUAUUAUCUUCAUCUGUCAUGCGGAGAGUUAAAUAUCUAACCUUUAUUUUUAAACUGUGUUCCCUUUGCCUCUGUACAAAUGUCAUCUAUUUUACAGCAGCUCUGUCACAGUCUGGGGUCUUGGCAUCAUUUGCAAAGAGCCCCGAGACUACAAGCUGAGGUCUAUGGAGGAAGGGCUUGACAAGGUAGCUAUGCCUUUUGUUAAGCAUAGACAAAAUAGGGAUUACUCUGUAUUAGUAUAUUUUUGGACUGGGUUGGAAUUUCACUGAAAUUCCAAAACAGUAAAUGUGAGUAUUCCAUAUAAGAUUUUAUCUUUAUGAAAUACUCAUUUUGGGACGUGGUUACAUGGCCGUUUUAAAUAUGUUGCACAUGUUGUGUACCUUUUGAAUCUCAACUAAUUUCUUUUAUCAAUAAACCCACUGUAAACCCACUGUUUUUCGGUAUAUUGGCUUUUGGGUACUUAUGAAUCUUGAUUUGCUUUCUGACAUCCUAAUAUUCAUUGCCGUGCGUGAAUGGCUGAGAUGUAUUUGCAGUGAGUACUUUAAUUUACUGUAGCCAAUCGAUUACUUUUACACAGAGAUCUCUUAUUAAUCAACUCAGCGGUGAAGAGGAUGAUUUUAACAGCAAAGAAGCUCUUCUCUUGGUUAGCACGCUGUCUGCAUUAUCUAGACUGCUGGACUCUGCCUCCGCCCAGGUAAGAAAUAUAGGUAUGCAAUAAGUUUGUUUCUGUAGGAGAAAAUGUCUGCAAGUAUUAAAUUGUUAAACAAAAAACCCUCUUUACAGAGGUGAUGGGUGAAACUAUUCAGUGUCUAAAAUACAAAGCAGCUCAAACACAUAAAGUGGAAAACCCUUAUUUCCACAAUAAAUUAACAAUAUAUAGAAAUAUAGUGCAAAAUACACCACCUAGUGGAGCGGUAAUACAAUACUUAGUAUACUAUAUAUAGUAUUAAAUUGUAUUUUUCUGAUCUGAAAUAUUGAUGAUUCAUGUGUUUUUUCACUUUUUAUUACUUUUACUUUUUUAUAUAUUGAUAUAUAGAAAAUAUGAUUUAUGACUUUUUUUAUUUUUUAUUUUUAUAGUCAAAAGUUUAUAUAUACUGUUUAUUACUUUUACUACUUUUUCAUAUUUUCUGAUGUAACUUGGUAUAUUGUUUGCCAUGUGCAAUGGAUCACCUGGCACCCCGACUGGGUACCUCCGUUAAAGGAUGCUCCUAGCGUUUCCUGAGGACUCCAAGCACUCUGGCCGACACCACAAUCACCGAACCGAAGAAGCGUAUACCUUCUCUCAAGCAUAUGAAUGCUAUAAACAGCUGAAUAGGCAAAAACCAUACGGAUGGGUUUAGACUCCUAGCAGUCAAACUGGAACAGCAUACAAUAAAUCCUCCCCCAAUAAUGAGACAACACUUCACUUUGAGGGUUAAGCAGGAACUCACUGGACUGGCACAUACAGCCUCUUUUAUUCCCAAUCCACAAACUUAGUACUGCCCACAGGGUUUUACAUAACAACCAAUAACACACGUACAUUACAGAAAGACGCUCCCACACAAAAUCCUCCCCUCUGGCUGUGAUAUGAUUACUGAACACAAUGGUUAAUCUAAUUAUCACAGCCAGAGAAAUAGUUUUUCCACAUUAUUCAUAACUUGAAAAGUAUGCAUCACAUUCACAUAAUUUACAUUUUCAGAAUCUGCAUACUCCAAAUACAAACAUAUGUCAAAAUCAUACAUAUUGGUCCAGUGGUUCAAAAGUUAAGGAAAAGUCCUAUUUGACCAAAUGCAGCAUGGCUUUUCUGCCCAAAACCAGUUCCACAGAGUCUUCUAUCCUGGAGAUAAUUGGGGAAGUAAUCCAAUUAUCUCCAGGACAGAGGCAAAACUCCAUUAGCCACAUGGCAGCAAAAGACAAUAAAACACAUAAAAACAUAUAACUGUGCAGCCAUUGCACAAAACAGGUACAUUCAACAUAUCCCCAGAUAGCUCAGAUCUGAGCGCACAUUAUUACUGAAUGGCGCUCAGAGCACACACAUACAGUUCAAUUGCCAUGGAGCCAAAGUCUUAACCAUAGUCUUUCAUUAUACAAAUGGGCUCCAUGGCAUAGCUAUCUGGGUAACACUGCUCACAUAGGGAAAGUACCGAAAGACCCAGCUUUUGGGUCUUUGCAGGGGAAAAUCCAUCCUUUCAACAUGGGGCCAUAGUCACAGGGCAGGAGGCCGGCAAUCAGUCUUCUCCAAUGCCCAGUGGCGAGGCUCCGCCACACCAUGUAUUAAUAUUUAAUGUUUUUUUUGUUCUUUUCUUAAAGGAGCACUAUAGUGCCAGGAAAACAAACCCGUUUUCCUGGCACUAUAGGGUUAUUAGGUCCCCCCCCCCUUGUGGCCUCCCUCCCGCUGGGCUGAAGGGGUUAAAACCCCUUCAGCCACUUACCUUAAUCCGGCACUGGUGACCUCUCCUCCCCUGCCGAUGUCCGCUCCCGAGUGGAGCCGAAUGCGCAUGCGUGGCCAGAGCCACAUGCGCAUUCAAACUGUCUAUAGGAAAGCAUUACAUAAUGCUUUCCUAUGGGGAUCUGAACUCACACUGCGUGAGUUCAAUGCAAUUUUCACUCUGAGAAUCGCAGAAGCGGUCUCUAGUGGUUGUUAGCGAGACAGCCACUAGAGACUAGAUUAACCCUGCAAUGUAAACUGCUAUGUUUUCAGUUGCAGGGUUAAAACUAGGGGGGCCUGGCACUCAGACCACUUCAUUGAGCUGAAGUUGUCUUGGUGCCUAUAGUGGUCCUUUAAUCUAAAAGUUUACGAUUUUCUGUUUUUCUCUUGCCAAUUUUAUUUUUGCAUGGAAAGCAUGGCAACAUACUCAAAGAGUGAAUAUACACUAUUCACACAGUAUUUUUUUUUUGUCAAUUGUGUACAUUCUCUGAGUGAUUUAAAAAGCUGUUGUAAUAUACAAAGAGGAAAGGCAACACUUUUCACACUAUCUUGAAAAACAAAUUUUCUAGUAAAUUAGAAUAGAGUUUGAAAAUGCCAAAAACCAGAUGUGGAUCCAUGUCUAGUCCCCAACACUCUAAAGAACAACAUAUCAACUUUAGGUUAAAUGUUUCUGACAUUUUACCCUCCAGUUCUCCACCAAAUCUCCCACAAUAGAACUGUUAUUGUGAAUACAUUUAUGUGUGGAUUUAUUGUUCAUUGUAUCCCCUUUCUUUGAUCUAGUUUGUACAGAUGUUGUCUUGGACAGUCAAAGUAUGCAAAGAGAGCAAUUUCGGUAAGGUUGAACGUCUUUUAAUGUUGACUCAUAUACAUUUAGCAAUUUGUAUUAAAGGUAAUAGUCUAAUUUGUUUGUUUUGGGUUUCUACAUACUCCAAUGUUUGUUUUAUAUGACAUUAACCCCUUUGUGACACCAGACUAAAAUUUUUCGUCCUUGCAGUCCUACCCUUAAGGACACAUGACGCCAAAUUUUCGUUGUUUACUAAUAUUAACCCCAUAUCGACGCAAUUGCGGCAAUCGUCAGGUUAAUGCUGCUGCACUCUGCCUAGUUGUCUGAGGCAGACGGGCAGCAGCCAACUGCGCGGUCCCAGCCCAUAUGAUCACUUUGACAGCCAAUCACAGCGAUCACGUGCUGCAGGGACUCCUUGCACUUCUGUGUUCAGUGUGAAGUGCAGGGAGACUUAUCAGCACUUAUCUGCUUCUCACUGCAAAAGAAAAUUUUAAGUUAAAAUCCCACCCCCUUUCCAUCCCUUUCUAAUAAUGUUUAUCCCCUUACCUUCCCUUUGAGAACUACCUGCAGUGAUCAAAAUGCAGAUCACAGUAUUUUACUGUGAUCUGAUUUUAUUUUUAUUUUUUUAAUUUUAACACCUUUUUUUAACGUUUAUUUUUUAACUGUCAGGGGUUAAAUUUAUUUAAUUGUUUAUUUAAAUAUUUUUUAAUUAUUUAUUUAGCUAGGGUGAGUGAAAGUUAGUAGGAAAUUGGAGGAUUCACGGCUAGGCUAGUUAGGGGUUAAAUGUAAAAAAACAAAAGUUUUAGUGUGUCAAAUAAAAAGGGAAACAAUGCUUGUUACAAACCAGCAAAAACAUGAUCAAAAUAUGCCUUUUGAAAUACCCUGGGGUGUCUUCUUUAAGAAAUAGUAUGCCUUUAUGGGGUAGUUUGAAUGAGCAACCUGCUAAAAUUCUCUAAAAUGGAACACAGGCCCAUCAAAAAAACAUAUAUGAAAAUUCACACACAAAAAUCUGAAAUUGUCAUGUCUCUUUUACAGCACUGUAACUUCACAAAAUAGUGUCUAGGUCAUACAUUUGGCAUUUUGUUUUACUCAGAAUAUGUAACUGAGCAUAACUUGGGGGGAGGGAGGUUUAUGACAGUGGCACAUAUCAAAUGUACAAAAUACCCAGCAAAAAUGCAACAUAUAUGUAAAAAAUUAAAAAAAAUUUCAACACAAACUUUGACAUAAAUUGGUGAAUACAUGGCAGCAAGUUAAGGUACAAUAUACGUCAUAUAAGAUACCCUUGAGUGCGUGCUUUCUCACGUGGAAGGCCUUUGUUGGGCUAUUUGAACAGUGAAAGUGAUAUAAUGCCAAACUGAGACAUAGGACCAUCAAAGCCAUCUAUGAAAAUUCUAACUGAAAUAGCUUGGACUCUUAUAUGGCAUCUUAACUUCACAGAUUAGUGGCUAAGUAAAAACUUUUGGUGGUGAAAUGGCUAUGUAAAAAGUGUCAAAAUAACCUUAGGUAAAUAGCCUGUGAUGUCUACUUUAUAUAAAUCUAUACUUUUAUGCGGCGAUUUUGUUUUCUGUGAUGGCUAUUAAACUUACAAGACAUACCAACUUCUAAAAUAUUCACAAUGAAUUUAAAAAAAAUUUUUUUGGUAUUUUGUGACCGGUAACUUUCAAAAUAAGCUGAAAUCCUACACAUAUUAUGUACUCUAUAAAUCAAGACACAUAAAUGAAUUUAUUUUGAAUGACUUUUCCUAAGCUGGACAUAUAAUGCACACAUUAAUAUUGCCAAAACUGUGGCGGGGGUGGGGGAGAGGGAAUUACUUUGUUUUUGUGUAAUAAAUGAGAAUUUAUAUAUGUAUAUGUCACAUCAAAUUAAAGCCCCUUUUGUCCUUUAAAAACCAGUAUAUAAUACGUGUUGGUGUAAUAAAUAACAAAAAUGCAAAUUGUGGUUGAACACAAACAGGAAAAAAAUUAAAAAAUUGCUUGUGUCCUUAAGUGUAUGUCCAGCUUCAGAAGCUUUGUCCUUAAGGGGUUAAAGUGGAACUGACACCCAGACAAUUUGGGUGGCAGUUUGUUUUUAAUAGAUAAAAUUAUAUUCGAUAUCCAUAAUGCACAUAUGGCAUUGGUACAAAAUGUGUAUAUUUAUCUAUACUUACCUAAUAAUUUCAUCUUGGUUUCUGUUGUAGACUUUGCACACACAUUUAUGUAUCCAACAUGCCAAUGAUAUUUGACUGUAAUAACCUGUAUUCUAGUACACUGUACAUAUAUAACAUUAUGUGUAAAGUGAACUAUAGCAAUUUUAGCUACACAAGUCCUUUCUUAGUUAUAAAUAAUUAAAAAGAGAGCGCAUGUAUUACAAAGUAGAAAACCUAUGUAAUAGUCUAUAUAUAUUUAAAAUAAAACUAUAAAAAAUAGUACCCAAUGUACUCAAACAGUAAUAGCUGCUAAAACAAAAAGAAUAUUCCCAAUUCCAAAAAACAAAUGUAAAUAAAAAUUUCAGCGCUGAGUAGAUAAUCCCCUUAGAAAUAAAAAAGGUGCAUACAUAUGCAAAAAAAGAAAAAAUCAGGCAGAGAAAAGUGUCCAAAAUAUAUAGUUCUGUAACAAAGUCCUAUAGUGAGAAAGUCCAGAUAACGUUGUGAUAUGUAGAAACUCAAAAGCAUGUAGGAAUACCUUGGGAAAAAAGAAACAAAAAAAGAUACAUAGCGUGAUACUGUAUCAAAAUUUAUUGCCCAGAAUACAAAUGGAAAAAAUCCCCCCCAACUUCAAAACUCUUACAUUAGAUAAAAUUUAGUACUCAUCAUAGUAGAAGUAGCUGAUAAAGUUCUUUCAGAGCCGCUCGUGUUUUUUUCCCCAGGGCAGCUCCUCUCCGGUGCACUCAGGAGGGCUGCUUGUGAUGUCUUCUAUGGAGGAACGCUAACUAAAAGUCCGGCUUCUGUAGAUAACUAAAAGUGUCUGCCGCAGAUAAAUCUUGCAGAUAGACAGUAGUGGCACCCUAUCAACGCGUUUCGCCCUGCUAACGAGGGCUUUUUCAAGAUAGGUGCUCGGAGCAUUAUUCGGCAGUUUUAUACUUGCCGGGUAAAACAAAUUCAAAUCUCUUAAGGGUAUAUACCCCUCUUAAAACACAUGUAAAAAGAAAAACAUAUAAAAAAAGCUGCAAUUUGUAUAAACAAGGACAGAAUACUUCCCAACAAUAGAUAUAAAAUACUGCACAUAAAACACAAUUAUAAACUACUAAAAAAAAAUAAUAAAUUUAUACACAGAUCCAAAACAUAAAACAGUCACUAUAACAGUGAUUGCUAUAUACAUGUUUAUACAUCUCACUCCUGAAUAUCAAUUUCCUAACUCUUAUAAUAUCAUGGGUAUUACUUGAUCAUGAUGUGUAAAUAAUAAUAAUUACAUUCUUCACAGAUGACCACAGAAUAUAUAAAUUUAUCAGUAAUUUUCAUCAAGUUAGAAACCUAAUAGCAGAUAGUAUCUCUAGAACUGUAAAAAGAAGAAUGUACUAACUGGUAUAGACUUAUGGCAUAAUAAGCUAUGUCUAAUACAGUAAAAACAAGAUAAGGCAUCUCAUAAUAGUAUAUGUUUCUAUAUUAUAGGAACUCCUAACAUAUCAAUCAAAAAUUAUAUAAUUCUCUAUAAAAUAUAUAUAUAUAAAAUUCUUAAUAAUAUCAGUACUUAUAGCAAUAGAACAAUAUAGAUCUAGGAUUCCCAACCAUUUGGGCAUAUAAACUACUACCUUAAUCUGGACACUAAAAAAUAGGGCAAUUGACUAAAUAUUGUAUAUAUGAUUUACAGCAUGGGCCGAUAUUAAUGCUGAUCCCAUGCUAUAGUAUAUUAGCUAGUUCCAGCUCUGCAUUAAGACCCGAGGGGAUCAGGGUCUUAAGUGUAUAGAUCCAAAACAUCUCCCGGUAUGUUAAGGAUUUGCUCAACUCACCUCCUCUCCAUGGUACUUCUACCCUUUCUAUACCACAAUAUGAGAGAAGUGUAGGAUCUCCAUUAUGGUGUGUUCUGAAGUGAUUGGAGAAGGAAUGUUUCUCAAAGCCCCUUUUAAUGUUGUAAACGUGCUCUCUAAGUCUAAUCUUAAGUGUUCUUUUAGUUUGACCCACGUAUUGGAGGCCACAAGGGCACUCCAACUUGUAGAUAACUUGUUUGGUAUUACAUGUGAUACAACUCUUAAUGUUAAACAUUUCUUUUGUAAUCGAGGACUGAAAGGUGGAAUAAUUUUUCCCUCUAGAGCUUAACUUGCAUAUAUUGCAAUUUCCACAUUUAUAGAAUCCUUUUUGGCCAGUCAAAAAAUGGUUGGGUCCUAUAGGCUUAUUAUAACUAUGUACCAGCCUGUCUUGCAGAGUGGGAGCCCCCCUAAAAAUUACCGUUGGUUGUAUAGGUAAAAGUGUAGCUAAAGCCGGAUCCUGCCGAAGCAAAUGCCAAUGUUUUUGUAUGCUUGUUUUUAUGCAAUUUGCUUGUGUGCUAUAGUUAAACACCAGAGGACACAAAUUUUCUAUGUCUUUAUCUGUUUUAACUUUCUCUUGUUUGGUUUGUAACAGGGUUGCUCGUUCUAUAUUUUUCACUUUCUGGAGAGCUAUCUCCAGUGUUUUCUCAUUGUAAUCCUUUUCCAUAAAUUGUUGUUUGACCUUUUGUGAUUGUAGUUCAUACACCUCUGGAUCUGUGCAAUUUUUUUUAACCCUUAAAAAUUGACCAAAUGGGAUACUCGAUAGCCACGAUGGAUAAUGGCAACUCGAGGUCCAAAUGUAACUAUUAACGUCUACACUUUUAAAAAAAGUCUUAGACUUCAAGGUACAAUGUGGAUCAAUAUAAAGAACCAAAUCUAAGAAAUCUAUCUCCGUGGAACUGUACUUGUAUGUAAAUGAUAGAUUAUAUGUAUUGGUAUUAAUGUAUGCUAAAAAUUCAAUGAGGUCUGCCUCCUUCCCCUUCCACACAAAAAAGCAGUCAUCGAUGUACCGUCUAUAGAAGACCAGGUUCGCUCCCCACUGGUAUCCCUGCCAAACAAACUGAUUUUCCCAGUGAGCCAUAAAAAUAUUGGCGUAACUGGGAGCGAACCUGGUCCCCAUAGCGGUACCGUUGGUUUGAAGAUAUAUAUCGCUGCCAUACCAAAAAAAAUUGUUGUUGAGUAUAAAAUCAAUACAUUCAAUUAAAAAUUCUACUUGUUCCACUAACAUGGUAGGUUCCUCAUACAGAAUUUUUCUUAUUGCCUUUAGUCCCAAUUCAUGUUUAAUUACAGUGUACAAUGAUGUAACAUCACAGGUUACCAUUAACCAAUCUUGUUCCCAUUUUAAACCUUCUAUACUUCUUAAAAGAUCUCCACUAUCUUUUAAGUAUGACCUUGCUUUUUUAACAAAAGGUUGUAAUAUAACGUCAAUAUACUGGGAUAGAUUACAUGUGAGAGAUCCUAUCCCAGAGAUAAUGGGCCUACCUGGAGGAUUUGAGAGGCUUUUAUGUAUCUUCGGUAACUGGUAAAAUACUGUUUUUUUGGGAUAUAUAACCAUAACAAACUCCAGCUCUUUUUUAGUUAAUAUAUUCAAAAACUUUCCCCUCUCCAGUAUACUGAAUAGACGUAGUUUAGUAUCUGGUGUGGGGUCCCCCUUGAUCAGUUUGUACGUAAGGGGAUCAUUUAGGAUUCUCUUACAUUCGGUAUUGUAGUCCUUAGUGUUUAGGACCACAAUUCCCCCUCCCUUAUCUGCCGGUUUAAUUGUGAUCUCAGUAUUAUCGCUAAGUUCCUUAAGUGCUGUACGUUCCCAUACACUCAAAUUUUGUUUGUGUUUCGCUAUUUUCUUAGGUAACUUUUCUAUGUCUGCAGUUACUGCCAGAUUAAAGGCCGACAUAGGGCCACUAAUUUGGUUCAGCGGAUAAAAGGUUGAAUUAUUCCUUAGAGUUGUAUGGUGAAAGGUACUAUACUCUAAUUUUGGUGCCAUAUGGACCGGGUUGUUUAAAAAAAAUUUUUUUAGGGUCAAUUUUCUCAUGUAUUUUUGCACAUCUAAGAAUGCUGUAAAUGAAUCUGAUUUCACCGUGGGAGCAUAUUUUAGUCCCUUGUUAAGCACUUUAAUUUGGUUUUUAGUUAAAUUAACCUCAGACAAAUUAAAAAUUCCUAUUUGUUCUACUUUCUCAUUUUCUUUUCUCCUACGAUAUCUCUUCCCCCCCCUGCAUCCUCUAAAAGAGGUCUCUUUCUGGUGCUGGGUUUUGGAGGCUCUGGUUGGUACCGAUUGAAGUAUUGGCUUCGUGGUCCUAAAAAAUCGUUCGAAGAUUGUUGAGUUUCUUUUCUAUUUUCUUUUUCAGCUAUAUUAUUCGCCUCCUCUGUACGGAGUGUCUCAAACCUAUUACGUGGGCGCCAACUAUGGUUAUGAUGUUUAACCCUAGGUGUUGUGUCACCUUGGCUGCCCUGUGGUCUAUAGGGAUUCCUUCUUUUAUUAUAAGUGAUAGUGGUCCAGUCACCGUUCCCAGCCUUCUUUGGAGUAUAUUGUCUCAACUUGAGAUCUCCCCUUUCAGUCUGGUUGUAGCCUGACAUAUUAUCUGGAGCAUGGGCAUUUUUAUAAUAUCCAGAAUUCCUAGGGGCAUUGUAUUUCUUACCCCUAGGUAUGGAUUUAUAGGGUCUCUCAUUGUGAGUUCUCUUAUAGUUUCUCACUUUAUUGUCCCUAAAAUCCUCUUGGUCCCUAUCAAAUUUACGUUUUUUUAAGGACACAGUUUCUUCAAAUACAGAACUUAAUUUUCCCUUUAUUUUUUCCAUAAGUUGUAUACAUUCUGGCAGUGCCAGAUGGGGAGAAAGAAUUUCUUUUAUAUUAUUGAUCUCCUCAUCUAGGACUGCUAGCAUACGUUUCCGUUUGCAAAUAAUAUGGCUCAUAAGCUCAAAAGAGCAAUGAUCCAAAAUUCUGAUAAAUUUAUAUAUUCUGUGGUCAUCUGUGAAGAAUGUAAUUAUUAUUAUUUACACAUCAUGAUCAAGUAAUACCCAUGAUAUUAUAAGAGUUAGGAAAUUGAUAUUCAGGAGUGAGAUGUAUAAACAUGUAUAUAGCAAUCACUGUUAUAGUGACUGUUUUAUGUUUUGGAUCUGUGUAUAAAUGUAUUAUUAUUUUUUUAGUAGUUUAUAAUUGUGUUUUAUGUGCAGUAUUUUAUAUCUAUUGUUGGGAAGUAUUCUGUCCUUGUUUAUACAAAUUGCAGCUUUUUUUAUAUGUUUUUCUUUUUACAUGUGUUUUAAGAGGGGUAUAUACCCUUAAGAGAUUUGAAUUUGUUUUACCCGGCAAGUAUAAAACUGCCGAAUAAUGCUCCGAGCACCUAUCUUGAAAAAGCCCUCGUUAGCAGGGCGAUACGCGUUGAUAGGGUGCCACUACUGUCUAUCUGCGGCAGACACUUUUAGUUAUCUACAGAAGCCGGACUUUUAGUUAGCGUUCCUCCAUAGAAGACAUCACAAGCAGCCCUCCUGAGUGCACCGGAGAGGAGCUGCCCUGGGGAAAAAAACACGAGCGGCUCUGAAAGAACUUUAUCAGCUACUUCUACUAUGAUGAGUACUAAAUUUUAUCUAAUGUAAGAGUUUUGAAGUUGGGGGGGAUUUUUUCCAUUUGUAUUCUGGGCAAUAAAUUUUGAUACAGUAUCACGCUAUGUAUCUUUUUUUGUUUCUUUUUUCCCAAGGUAUUCCUACAUGCUUUUGAGUUUCUACAUAUCACAACGUUAUCUGGACUUUCUCACUAUAGGACUUUGUUACAGAACUAUAUAUUUUGGACACUUUUCUCUGCCUGAUUUUUUCUUUUUUUGCAUAUGUAUGCACCUUUUUUAUUUCUAAGGGGAUUAUCUACUCAGCGCUGAAAUUUUUAUUUACAUUUGUUUUUUGGAAUUGGGAAUAUUCUUUUUGUUUUAGCAGCUAUUACUGUUUGAGUACAUUGGGUACUAUUUUUUAUAGUUUUAUUUUAAAUAUAUAUAGACUAUUACAUAGGUUUUCUACUUUGUAAUACAUGCGCUCUCUUUUUAAUUAUUUAUAUCGUAUUUUGUAUUUUCCCGUAUAAGAGUAGCAGCACAUUACAAUAAUAUGUCCCUGUUCACGUUUAGAGAACAGUGCAAGAUUGACCUUGCUUUAAAAAAUGACCAUAACGAACAUGUUAUGGUAAAGGAUACACACUGGAGAAAACAGGUGUUCCAACUUGAGAAGUUGAUUAUUAAGGAAAUGAAAUUAAAAUUAGAAAUAGCCUCCCUAGAACAAUAUUGGGAGAGACGCAUCAUUCCGAGAGGUUUGCGUAUAAUGUUAAAAUCCGCUACGGAUAAAGAGGAUGAUGAUUUUAACAUUGUCUGGGAUAGAAUUUUGGAUCAUUGCUCUUUUGAGCUUAUGAGCCAUAUUAUUUGCAAACGGAAACGUAUGCUAGCAGUCCUAGAUGAGGAGAUCAAUAAUAUAAAAGAAAUUCUUUCUCCCCAUCUGGCACUGCCAGAAUGUAUACAACUUAUGGAAAAAAUAAAGGGAAAAUUAAGUUCUGUAUUUGAAGAAACUGUGUCCUUAAAAAAACGUAAAUUUGAUAGGGACCAAGAGGAUUUUAGGGACAAUAAAGUGAGAAACUAUAAGAGAACUCACAAUGAGAGACCCUAUAAAUCCAUACCUAGGGGUAAGAAAUACAAUGCCCCUAGGAAUUCUGGAUAUUAUAAAAAUGCCCAUGCUCCGGAUAAUAUGUCAGGCUACAACCAGACUGAAAGGGGAGAUCUCAAGUUGAGACAAUAUACUCCAAAGAAGGCUGGGAACGGUGACUGGACCACUAUCACUUAUAAUAAAAGAAGGAAUCCCUAUAGACCACAGGGCAGCCAAGGUGACACAACACCUAGGGUUAAACAUCAUAACCAUAGUUGGCGCCCACGUAAUAGGUUUGAGACACUCCGUACAGAGGAGGCGAAUAAUAUAGCUGAAAAAGAAAAUAGAAAAGAAACUCAACAAUCUUCGAACGAUUUUUUAGGACCACGAAGCCAAUACUUCAAUCGGUACCAACCAGAGCCUCCAAAACCCAGCACCAGAAAGAGACCUCUUUUAGAGGAUGCAGGGGGGGGAAGAGAUAUCGUAGGAGAAAAGAAAAUGAGAAAGUAGAACAAAUAGGAAUUUUUAAUUUGUCUGAGGUUAAUUUAACUAAAAACCAAAUUAAAGUGCUUAACAAGGGACUAAAAUAUGCUCCCACGGUGAAAUCAGAUUCAUUUACAGCAUUCUUAGAUGUGCAAAAAUACAUGAGAAAAUUGACCCUAAAAAAAUUUUUUUUAAACAACCCGGUCCAUAUGGCACCAAAAUUAGAGUAUAGUACCUUUCACCAUACAACUCUAAGGAAUAAUUCAACCUUUUAUCCGCUGAACCAAAUUAGUGGCCCUAUGUCGGCCUUUAAUCUGGCAGUAACUGCAGACAUAGAAAAGUUACCUAAGAAAAUAGCGAAACACAAACAAAAUUUGAGUGUAUGGGAACGUACAGCACUUAAGGAACUUAGCGAUAAUACUGAGAUCACAAUUAAACCGGCAGAUAAGGGAGGGGGAAUUGUGGUCCUAAACACUAAGGACUACAAUACCGAAUGUAAGAGAAUCCUAAAUGAUCCCCUUACGUACAAACUGAUCAAGGGGGACCCCACACCAGAUACUAAACUACGUCUAUUCAGUAUACUGGAGAGGGGAAAGUUUUUGAAUAUAUUAACUAAAAAAGAGCUGGAGUUUGUUAUGGUUAUAUAUCCCAAAAAAACAGUAUUUUACCAGUUACCGAAGAUACAUAAAAGCCUCUCAAAUCCUCCAGGUAGGCCCAUUAUCUCUGGGAUAGGAUCUCUCACAUGUAAUCUAUCCCAGUAUAUUGACGUUAUAUUACAACCUUUUGUUAAAAAAGCAAGGUCAUACUUAAAAGAUAGUGGAGAUCUUUUAAGAAGUAUAGAAGGUUUAAAAUGGGAACAAGAUUGGUUAAUGGUAACCUGUGAUGUUACAUCAUUGUACACUGUAAUUAAACAUGAAUUGGGACUAAAGGCAAUAAGAAAAAUUCUGUAUGAGGAACCUACCAUGUUAGUGGAACAAGUAGAAUUUUUAAUUGAAUGUAUUGAUUUUAUACUCAACAACAAUUUUUUUUGGUAUGGCAGCGAUAUAUAUCUUCAAACCAACGGUACCGCUAUGGGGACCAGGUUCGCUCCCAGUUACGCCAAUAUUUUUAUGGCUCACUGGGAAAAUCAGUUUGUUUGGCAGGGAUACCAGUGGGGAGCGAACCUGGUCUUCUAUAGACGGUACAUCGAUGACUGCUUUUUUGUGUGGAAGGGGAAGGAGGCAGACCUCAUUGAAUUUUUAGCAUACAUUAAUACCAAUACAUAUAAUCUAUCAUUUACAUACAAGUACAGUUCCACGGAGAUAGAUUUCUUAGAUUUGGUUCUUUAUAUUGAUCCACAUUGUACCUUGAAGUCUAAGACUUUUUUUAAAAGUGUAGACGUUAAUAGUUACAUUUGGACCUCGAGUUGCCAUUAUCCAUCGUGGCUAUCGAGUAUCCCAUUUGGUCAAUUUUUAAGGGUUAAAAAAAAUUGCACAGAUCCAGAGGUGUAUGAACUACAAUCACAAAAGGUCAAACAACAAUUUAUGGAAAAGGAUUACAAUGAGAAAACACUGGAGAUAGCUCUCCAGAAAGUGAAAAAUAUAGAACGAGCAACCCUGUUACAAACCAAACAAGAGAAAGUUAAAACAGAUAAAGACAUAGAAAAUUUGUGUCCUCUGGUGUUUAACUAUAGCACACAAGCAAAUUGCAUAAAAACAAGCAUACAAAAACAUUGGCAUUUGCUUCGGCAGGAUCCGGCUUUAGCUACACUUUUACCUAUACAACCAACGGUAAUUUUUAGGGGGGCUCCCACUCUGCAAGACAGGCUGGUACAUAGUUAUAAUAAGCCUAUAGGACCCAACCAUUUUUUGACUGGCCAAAAAGGAUUCUAUAAAUGUGGAAAUUGCAAUAUAUGCAAGUUAAGCUCUAGAGGGAAAAAUUAUUCCACCUUUCAGUCCUCGAUUACAAAAGAAAUGUUUAACAUUAAGAGUUGUAUCACAUGUAAUACCAAACAAGUUAUCUACAAGUUGGAGUGCCCUUGUGGCCUCCAAUACGUGGGUCAAACUAAAAGAACACUUAAGAUUAGACUUAGAGAGCACGUUUACAACAUUAAAAGGGGCUUUGAGAAACAUUCCUUCUCCAAUCACUUCAGAACACACCAUAAUGGAGAUCCUACACUUCUCUCAUAUUGUGGUAUAGAAAGGGUAGAAGUACCAUGGAGAGGAGGUGAGUUGAGCAAAUCCUUAACAUACCGGGAGAUGUUUUGGAUCUAUACACUUAAGACCCUGAUCCCCUCGGGUCUUAAUGCAGAGCUGGAACUAGCUAAUAUACUAUAGCAUGGGAUCAGCAUUAAUAUCGGCCCAUGCUGUAAAUCAUAUAUACAAUAUUUAGUCAAUUGCCCUAUUUUUUAGUGUCCAGAUUAAGGUAGUAGUUUAUAUGCCCAAAUGGUUGGGAAUCCUAGAUCUAUAUUGUUCUAUUGCUAUAAGUACUGAUAUUAUUAAGAAUUUUAUAUAUAUAUAUUUUAUAGAGAAUUAUAUAAUUUUUGAUUGAUAUGUUAGGAGUUCCUAUAAUAUAGAAACAUAUACUAUUAUGAGAUGCCUUAUCUUGUUUUUACUGUAUUAGACAUAGCUUAUUAUGCCAUAAGUCUAUACCAGUUAGUACAUUCUUCUUUUUACAGUUCUAGAGAUACUAUCUGCUAUUAGGUUUCUAACUUGAUGAAAAUUACUGAUAAAUUUAUAUAUUCUGUGGUCAUCUGUGAAGAAUGUAAUUAUUAUUAUUUACACAUCAUGAUCAAGUAAUACCCAUGAUAUUAUAAGAGUUAGGAAAUUGAUAUUCAGGAGUGAGAUGUAUAAACAUGUAUAUAGCAAUCACUGUUAUAGUGACUGUUUUAUGUUUUGGAUCUGUGUAUAAAUUUAUUAUUUUUUUAGUAGUUUAUAAUUGUGUUUUAUGUGCAGUAUUUUAUAUCUAUUGUUGGGAAGUAUUCUGUCCUUGUUUAUACAAAUUGCAGCUUUUUUUAUAUGUUUUUCUUUUUACAUGUGUUUUAAGAGGGGUAUAUACCCUUAAGAGAUUUGAAUUUGUUUUACCCGGCAAGUAUAAAACUGCCGAAUAAUGCUCCGAGCACCUAUCUUGAAAAAGCCCUCGUUAGCAGGGCGAAACGCGUUGAUAGGGUGCCACUACUGUCUAUCUGCAAGAUUUAUCUGCGGCAGACACUUUUAGUUAUCUACAGAAGCCGGACUUUCAGUUAGCGUUCCUCCAUAGAAGACAUCACAAGCAGCCCUCCUGAGUGCACCGGAGAGGAGCUGCCCCGGGGGAAAAACACGAGCGGCUCUGAAAGAACUUUAUCAGCUACUUCUACUAUGAUGAGUACUAAAUUUUAUCUAAUGUAAGAGUUUUGAAGUUGGGGGGGAUUUUUUCCAUUUGUAUUCUGGGCAAUAAAUUUUGAUACAGUAUCACGCUAUGUAUCUUUUUUUGUUUCUUUUUUCCCAAGGUAUUCCUACAUGCUUUUGAGUUUCUACAUAUCACAACGUUAUCUGGACUUUCUCACUAUAGGACUUUGUUACAGAACUAUAUAUUUUGGACACUUUUCUCUGCCUGAUUUUUUCUUUUUUUGCAUAUGUAUGCACCUUUUUUAUUUCUAAGGGGAUUAUCUACUCAGCGCUGAAAUUUUUAUUUACCUUUCUUAGUUAUGCUGCAUUUUUAAACUAGGCAAAUACAAUACAAUGACCCUGCUUGAAUGACUUCUGUUCAAAUCAGCUUCACCACAGUACAUAGCUGGCUUAUAGGUCAUCACUUGGCUGCAGCAACAAAGGUUAAAUGCGUUACAAAUAACCUUGCUCUUUUUUUAUUUUUUAUUUUUUAUACAGAGGAUGUCCAGCUUUGUAAAGGUCUAAUGAAUUUUAUGUUUAGCCUCCAUGCCCUCUACAAGAGUCCAGUGAGUGUGCUUCGCGAACUCUGCCAGGAUAUUCAUGGGCACCUUGGGGAUAUUGAUCCGGUAGGGGUGCACUUUCUGCAUUUAUGAGUUUACAUUUUGUGUCCAGUCAUUUGUUCAAAAAACAAAGACAAACAAAUCAAUAAACAUGCAAAAAUGUUCACUGCUUAUGUACUUAAAGUUUUCAUAAACAUUAUUUAUGUUAUCAAAGUAAUGUUCAGUUUCUCGCUUUAAUUUAUCUUUAAUUGUAUCUAAAUUGUGAUGGAAAUAUUAAGGUCUAUUAUCUAUCUGCUAUCCGGGAAAGCCAACAUUAAAAAGAGUUUAAACUAAUCUAUGUAGGAAUAUCCCCAGUCACCAUAUCGUUGCUUAUUCCUGCAGAUUAUACUGUUAUAUUUAAGACAGUAAAAAGUGUAUUGUGAGGCACACAAACAUGGCUACUUUUUUGUAUUUAUAGAUGGGAAAUGUGGCAAUUUGUUUCUUGAUAGGUAAUGAAAAAUAGAUGCAGUAAUAUACAAACAAAAUAAAAGUAUUUUUUAAUUAAUUUCCCUAUUUCUUAUAGUUCCAUUAAUGGAACACUCCAUUGAAAAUGCCUUUAUUUAACAAUUUAGUAGAUGUACCCCAAAAGAAAACAUACAUGUAAUUUUUUACUUCAUAUUCAUAUGAAAAAAAAACACUUCCAACAGCUGCAUAUCUUAGCAAGCUCUUUCCUUCUUCCCAAAUAUUGAGGAGCCGUUAAGCGCACAUAUGUGAUCAUGGCUUUCCUAUGCUUGUCAAUGAGCUAAAAUACAAGUCAAUGAGAAGGUGCUAAAACAACACCACUACUGAUCAAAGCCUGGUGUCAGCUUGAAUUUUAUUUAGUGUUUGUUAAUGAACAGCUGGGUAUAAUCUUUCAUGUUUAACUUCUCAAUCUUAUCCUUCUAUAACUCUGUACAUCCUUCAAUUAUCUUCUUCCUGUUUCCUGUGACUCUUAAAUUAGCCUAAAAUGAGACCUAUACACUCUAAGUAUGCAAUGCUUAGCUUUUCAAUGUAUGAGUAUAAGCUACAUUCAAAGCUAUCUUGUACCUGUUACAUGAUUGUUCUAUGUCUAUGCAUCCCUGCUACUAUUGCUGUACAAGCCUGUAUUUACACCUUGUGUCUCAAUAAAAAAGUGACAAAAAAAUAAAACAUGAGAAGGGGCUAAGGCUGGCGUGAUCAAGCAUAGUGCACCUGCCACUUUCCUUAGCUCUGUAGAGCUAACCGAAAUAGAAGAAAACCUCUCUGGCUGUCUGCCCCCCAAUUAUAAAUGUGCCAAUUGAUAUUGAAAUCUGCAAUAUUUUAAACUGUCACAUUUAUGACACACUCCAGACAGAGAAUUUCAGCAACAUGACGUGCUUCAUGCGUUUGGAGUGUUCCUUUACAAUGAGAUGUCCAUGUAUGAACAGAACACCUGUCUUCUUCUUGAUGAUGCAUAUGGCUUUUUAACUUUGGUAACAAUUUCAGGAUAUAAUUUGUUUUAGUAUUUAUUAUAUCUGCUCCAAAUUCACACAGACAACAAAAGGGAUUUACAGGCACCUGUCAAACACAAUAUACUCUUUAUUAACUCACGUAAUAAGAUACUGUAAAAAUAAACUGGUGCUAUAAACCUCCCUAAUUAAAUCUUGUAAUGUAUUGGUAUUUCAACAGGAUAUAGAAGUGGAGACACAAUCACAUUUUGCAAUUGUUAAUAAGAAGACUGCAGCCCCAACUGUCACUGUAAGUAUCAUCUCAUAAAGAGCCACGUAAAAAAAAUGCCUUCUAGAAAGAAAUUGACCUGUUUCUGAUUCUCUCUUCCCUCUGGUUCUCUAUUAUUCUAAUCAUGUAUAUAAACUACUGAUGAGAAACAUGGUACUAAUCAGUUAGUAACUGUGACAUUUUUGUUAAAGAAUGGUAACCUAUAUAUUUAAUGUUAAACACAUUAUGCAGUUAAUACCAGUGUGUACUAACUCAAUUGCCUAUUUCAGGGGUAGGAAAACUUCUGGUAGUGCUGUUCCGAAUGAAAGUUUUGAAGUCCCUUAGUAAAUUGGCUUUAUUUUUUAUGGUAAUGUUUGUGGUGGCUGCUCUGUGAGUUUUGAUGUGUUUUAUGGGUUAUGUUCAUGUAUGUGGCUUUUUUUGGUAUUGUGUAUGUGGGCUGCUUGUUGAGUUUAUUAGUUCUGUGUAUGUGUGUGUGUGUUAUGUUUUGGUGGUGUUUGUAUAUAUGUAAAAUCUUUGUAGUAUAGUGUGAGUUUAUGUGUACUGCCUGUUGUGUUAUAUAUAUGUGUGUGGGGUGCCUUUUAGUGUAUCCCUCUGUAGAUUGUAUGUGGGGGAGGUGUGUGCAGGGAUCUUUAUUUAUGCAGGAAAUAUAAUCUCUAAGGGAAACAAAAAGUUAUUUAAGUUGUUUUAUGCCUCACUCCCUCUUGACACCAAGGGGGCAUGAAUCCUAGUUGUUACUGAAUGUUGCAGUGGUUGCAGCUUGUGUUCAUCUUCUGUGCAUGCAAACCACUCAUAAUGGUGAGAUCACAUUAUCUCCCGACCUGGCCUAUUUGGGUUUGACAGCCUUGUGUUUCAUGCAAAGGCACCCCGACCAACGGUACUUGGGCUUCGAUUUAUCACCUUAUAUUUCAUGGCAACACGUUUGUCUUUCUCAUUGAUUAGUCUGAUGAAUUGGUUGACCUUCAUUUUUGUUUGCUCAUAAUUUAUUUUUAUACACAGCUGCUGGUUUUAGGUCAAGCUGCAAAAGUGCUGGAUGAGGUGGAAUGGCUAAUCACAAAACUGAAAGGACAACUCGGCUCAGAAAAGAUGGUCUGUAAGUGCAGGAACAGAUUUUGACUUAUUCUCUUAUGUAGUAUUAUAUGGAUCUCUGAGUACUGUUUUUUUUUUUCCUCUUUUAAAAAGAAAUAAAAAUAUAGAUAUAUACACGCGCAUUUGAAAAAAGAAAGGACCACCCCUUACACAAUAUAUCCUUUGGGAUUACUGGCAGUCUAUAAGGGGAAUAACCCUAGUUGAGUACUUAGAAAAUUAGAGAAAGGGAGACACACUAAGUGUGAAUCCUAUUACAAUACCAUUUAUUUUAAAUCACUUAUCAAGAACAGAACAUAGUACUUUAUUAUUAAAAAAACAAAAAUAAAAAAUACACACAAAAAACAAUAGUGUAAAGUGUCACACCAAAGUGAUUAAGUGAAAAAGAACCAUGUGGUUCAUGAACCGGUUUAUAGGAUGUUUCUUUCAAUUUCUUUAGUGUUUACCUCAGUUGCAAAUCUGCAAUAUAGCAAUUCAGUAUAUCCAUUAAAUACAAAUUAUAUAAUAUUGCUGAAGUGAAUAACACUUAUAUUCUAUAUAGAAGCAAAUCCUAUUUUUAAUAUGCAAACGAGAGCACACUCUCAAAUCAAUUUAAAUAUAGCUUAAGUAGUUGAAAUGUAUUAGAUGAAUUUGGAGGGCUAGAAAUAUACACGCACAUACAAAGUGGUCUCCCUAAAAAAAAAAAUUAAAAAAAAAAUGGCCAUUAAGCAUAUCUGCAGUCCAGCGCUGAGAUACUUUCCUCACUGCGGGUCUAUUCUACUAUAAACCCCUUAAUUCUGAUGAUCAUUUCCCAGUUAGAAGCCUGAAGGACAUACUGUGCAUGUGUAUCCUCUUUAUUAUUUUAUUAGAGUGCUCAUUUAAUGUUUUAUUGACUUGUAUAAAAUUAGAAUUCUAUUGGUAGGUGGAAUACAGUUAGUUUUAGAAAUGUUACCAUUUAUGUUGACAACAUACUUGGACAUUUAAAGUACUUGUAAUAUUUGUGUAAAGUGUAUUUCUGUUUUAGCGGAUGGUGCCUCUCAGACAGUAAAUCCCAGAGAACCGGUUGAAAAGGCCAUUAUUCUUCAGUUGGGAACAUUACUGACUGCGUGUCAUGAGUUGGUCCAGACUGCUCUGCCCUUCGGAAGCUGUACUGAUACGUUGCUGAAGGAGCUGGCAAAGAUGUACACCAUCUUAACAUCUCUCAUCAAAUAUGUGAGUGGUGCCCUUUAUAUAGUGAAAUUAACUGCAGAUUUUCAUUUUUCACCUUGGCUAGUAGAGUGCUCAAUGAGAAAAUGGUUUAGAACUUCUACAAAUUCUGCAGAGAAACAGGAUGUUUUGUAUGUGUAAACAGCAAGUUUAAAUCGGUAUGCGUGGCACAUACCAUAAGUACCAGUACAACAGUGAUUCUAAUCAGCAUUUUGAUUGUGACAAAAGGAUUUUGCUUAUACUCUGCCUCAAAUGCUUCCAUGCCUGUUUGUUUUUCCUUUUUAGUAUUUGCAAGUUUACAGCACUCAUUCAGGGUCUAUUCCACCUCGCUUGGAAAAGCUGGUAAGUUCAUUAUUGCUGUAUUAAGAAUAACAUGUUUUUUUUUUUUUUCAUCUUGGCCAUUGAAAUAUUACUCUGCUGUUUAAUUUUGGCAGGUUAAACUUUCAGGGUCUCAUCUGACCCCGCAGUGCUACGCCUUCAUCACAUACGUACAGGUAAGCAUACCUUUCAAUACUCUCAAUUCAAGUGUAUGUUCUAUUUUUCUAUGGGCAAUAUCUGCCCUUUUUUGUUUUAUUUAUGAAGUAUUGAGUGCUUAUUCUCUGUGAAAAUAUUUGAUAAAGAUUGUCCAAAGGGGAGGAAAAAAAUCACAUGUACAGGUAAAACCUGCAUUGUAAAAUAUACCAUUUAACAAAAUAUACGUGUCUCUCUGAUUGUAGUGGAUAGGAGAAAAAUAAUCCCUUUACUAGGAUUUUAGUUUUUAACGCUUGUUUUUGCCUUUAUCAUUUAGGAGUAAAGCUAGUUAUAUAAGAAUGAAAUAGAAUGCAUAGUUAUAUUAGAAUUUGUUACAUUAUAAUUAAUUAAUUCAACAUUGAAACAAAAAGCAGCUAAUUGGCAGUUCUUUCAUUGUUUUUCUCUAUUUUCUUUUUACAUAAAUAGAAUAGCCAGAAUGAAAGUUUGAGCGCUGCUGGAGAAAAGAAGAAAAAGAAGGAAGAUGCCACUGCUGUCACUACGGUAUAUGUCUUAGAUGGGGUUUGCAGUAAAUCACUGUGAGGGACGGAAUACUAAAUUUAUAUUGCACAUGAUCGGCAACAUAGCAGUUGUUAAAGGACCACUAUAGUGCCCUGAGGGUUCCCCCACCCUCAAUCCCACUCCCGCCAGGCUGGAUGUGAAGGAAAGGGGUUAAACUUACCUUUUUAACAGCGCCGGGCGGGGAGCUCUCCUCCUCUUUUCCGCCUUCGAUCCUCCUCUUUGGCUGAAUGCGCAUGCGCGGCAGGAGCUGCGCGCGCAUUCAGUCUGUCUCAUAGGAAAGCAUUCAUAAUGCUUUCCUAUGGACGCUGGUGUCUUCUCACUGUGAUUUUUCACAGUUAGAAGCACGCAAACGCCUCUAGCGGCUGUCAACAAGACAGCCACUAGAGGCUUUAGAGGCUGGAUUAACCCAUUUAUAAACAUAGCAGUUUCUCUGAAACAGCUAUGUUUAUAAAAUAAAAAAAGGGUUAAUCCUAGAGGGACCUGGCACCCAGACCAAUUCAUUAAGCUGAAGUGGUCUGGGUGCCUAGAGUGGUCCUUUAAAAUAGCAAAAUAGACAAACCAUGUGGGCUCAACACACAGGUAGCGUUACUAGUUGGGCCAUCCUCCAAAUGUUCUUUGACACAUUCACUAAAAUGAACUUGCUGUGACACAUACAUAAAAAAUAAGAAUACUAACCAGAUUAGCUGGGCCAUGUCACCUGCAAAGUGAUUUCAGAAUUCUUACACUUGCCAACAGCAUCAACCGUUUCCUAGACGCCAUGCUUAUAUACUAAACAGUACAUCACUUAUUUACCUUCUAGUACAAAUGGAUGUAGGAACUAUUUCAAAUUCUUCUCAAGUAGACCCUGCACCUAUUUCUCAUUUUAUUUUUUAAAAGACUGGCUGGAUAUGUGGCACAUCCAUCCAUAGUGGAGAGACAGCAUUUGAAAUAUGCAAAAGAAACAAAAAUGAUUAUCCAUUGUUUACUGUAAAAAUUCAGCAACCAGAGCAGGAUUUAAUUUUUCUGCCAAUAAUGGUCCUCCCUUUGGUUUCAGUGAAAGCUCUGUGUGUGGCUAACCCUCUAUCCAGUAGAUGAAACUACUCAAAGUUGUACAUGCUAACUUAAAUAAAACCAUGAAGGAUCCUGUUGCGAAAGUAACCUCGCCAUGGGCUCUUGGAGGGGCAUACUGGCCAGCCUCUUGCCAAAAGACUGAGCCCUUUAAAAACGUAUGUGAUUUAUGUACUUUUGUACUCCAGAAAGAGAGACAGACCGUUGGCCCUGAUUCUCUAAAACUGUUUUGGCCAGUCAAAUCUAUGACUUCCAUGGAAAUCCCAAACCUCUGAACCGAUCUGGGUGAUUUUUGGAUAUGUUGAUCCCCCAGAUUGGGGCUAUUGGGGGAUGUGACUUUUGAGGGGUUUCCAUGUGUUUUGGGGGUACUUACUGGAGGAACUACAAGCCUCUCUUUAAAUAGACAUUUAAGUACCUUUUGUAAAGAUCAUGGUGUAAACAGGGUUAAAUCCCUGCUCAGAUCACUAGCCCAAGGUAUCAAUGGAUAUCUAGGGCCAUUUUUAGUGCCACUAUAGGCUUGAUACAGCCCUUUAACUCCUUUCAUAAAACUGUAACUGACUGUCCUUAGACGUGGAUUUUCUGAGUUGCAGGCCGCUUUGCCGAUUGUGACCUUAGCUGGGCUUUGCCAGCAUCAAUCUCUGUGUAAUCGGAUGGGACAGAGGGCUUAAUUUAUGACACUGAGUGUAAUCAUGAAAUGGCCAGUAGACAGCGGUCACAGACCACUAUCUACUAAGUUAAAUAGUAAAAGCUUGUUUUUUAUUUUUUUGUAUCAGAAUUGAUAUUAGCAGUGGGUUACAGCUAUGGUAGUGUUAAGGUUAGUUUUAGGAUUAAGAAUAGGGUAGGGUUAGAAUUGGGGUAAUGUAAGGGUUAAUGCUGUUUAGGGAUAGUGUAAGGUUGUUAGGAAUAUGGUUAGUGUAAGCAUUGUGUAAGGGAUAUGGUUGAUAUAGCGUUAGUGUUGGGGGAUUGGUAUAGGGUUAGUGUUCACUAUCACAAUUUAAUAUAAAUCCUAGACAUAUUUAACUAUCAGGAAUAGUAUAUGAAUCUAUUUUAAGUUGCACUGGACGUGUAAAGAUUAUUAGAAGCAAAAACUUGUAAAAAAUGGGGGGGAGGUGCAUUUUUACAUUUUAUUCACACAUGUUUGUGUGUAUACAUAUAGAAUACUAAAUGAAAGCCCUCUGGGGUCACAUGAAGAAAAACCCUUAAUUUAUGAUGGAACAAACCUAGAGCUCAAAUUCAAGGGUUUGUUUUGAUUCAGAAUGUGGACAACUGACUCACUCCUUAACAGAAAAUAAAUCUGUGUAUAUUUUUUCAAUGUUUAACUAAGCUUUCUUUGUUUCCUAGGCUAAAAUCCUUCGGGACACCAAACCAAUCCCAAACUUGAUUUUUGCAAUUGAACAGUAUGAAAAAUUCCUCAUCCAUUUGUCUAAAAAGUCCAAGGUAUAUUUACAUUUUCAUUAAUUUUGUAAUGUACUGGUUAUGGGCACUAACUUUCCAUUUUUUACAGUCUUGCUUGGAUUUCUCUUUCAUCUUCAGGUAAAUUUGAUGCAGUAUAUGAAGCUGAGCACCUCAAGAGAUUUUAGAAUCAAUGCAUCUGCCUUACAAGAAAAGGAGCCGGAGGAUGAAGAGAAUGAACCAAACAAUGAACAGGUACGUUUUUUGUAAUCUAGGGUCUCUUAAGCAUCUGCAAAAUAACUUACAUCUCAUGUUCGUUAGAGAUCUCUCCAGGCUUUGCCUGUAUUUAUUUAAUACUCAUACUGUGUAAUAUUUAAAUAUCACAAGGCAAAUAGAAAACUCAUAUACACAGUCCUAAAUGAUUGUUUCUGCAACAUUUCACAAUAGCUUGCAAAACAUGGCACUUCAUUUCUUGCCCAUGGCAACAUUCUGCUAAUUUUAGUUUGGGCCUAAACUAUAGGCAAGUGUGGAAUGCUUGAUGCAUUCAUUUUUUGCCAUUUUCAUAUAAAAAUUGCAUACUUGCACGAGGUUUUUUUUUUUUUUUUUUAAUUGGAAUCUUAGAAAUAUAUAAAUCUCAGAAUAUGCAUUGGAAAUUCAUUGCAGUUAAAAGAUAUCAGAAGAUAACGUAGGGACUAUGACUUUUUUUGGCAAAAAUUGAAGCUUCCAUGUGUUUCAUGUUGCAAGUGACAGGCGUCUGUUUGUGCAAUGCAUGCCAUAGUUUGUAUGCUAAUGUAGGUAUAAAUAUACACCCGUAAAGCAGGACAUGGUGGAUUCAUUUGGCAGAUAAGUAGAACAAGAAAAUAGAGGAUGGAGAACUUCUGGUAAAUAUCUCUCUUCCAUCUCGUUGCCACCAAACAAUAGGAACUGUCAACAGUCAAGCUAACAGUACUACCUUAAUUUUAGUUUGAGUUUUUAAUCUAUAAAACAAAACCAAAGUCAUAUUAUGAAGUCCUAUAAAUGUGUGGCUUUAUUUCAUUUAGAUCCCAAAGAGCUGUUUUGUGCCAAGAUGUUAGCGGGACAUUGUUUUGUAAAUCCUGAGUGAUGCUGCAGUUUGUGCACAUUUACCAUAGUUAAUAGAAUUGAUCAGAGCUGGUGUAUUUUUUAUUUGCUUCACGAAAUGCAGAUAUUACAUGCCAUAAUAUUGCAGAAUUUAGAUGCUUAUUUUUUUAUUUUAAAUAUUUUCCAAUGUAUCAUUUUUAUUGAAAGGCAAAUUGGUGGAACUACAGCAUGAUGUAACAGAACAUUCACACAUGUACAGAAAUUAACAGGCACAAAACUGCACAUGGUCAUUCUAAUCUAUGUAGUGCUUUCUUCUUGCCCCAUAACUUUACACUAUAUAUUAAUGUAAGACAAUACUGGCUGUCAUACCUAAUUUUUUUUUUUUUUUAGUCUGUAGCAGAGGAGGUUGAAAGUCAAGAACCCAAAAAGAAGAGAAGAAAAAGGAAGUAGUUUAAAGUAUAUCCACCCAAUUCCACAGCACUAAGUGUAUACUUUUUGACGUUAUAAAUGUUAUUUACAUGGAUUCUAGAAUUGAAUCAUUUUGUAUAUUCUUUUACUUCUGAACAAAGGUGAAGUAGGAGGGAUUACUUGAGCUAAUGUUAACACAGAUGCUUUGACCAGUUUUGAUGGAUGGACAACUCCAUGGGAGUCAAGAAUGAUCCAGACUUCAAGAUCUUGUUUUGUUACCCUUUUGACAGUAUACCCUUGGUUAUUUUAAUUAUCUUAUAGAUAUCCAAUGCUUCACCUGCAAAAAAAAAAAGCUAUUUUUAAAUAUGAUUUGAAUGUAUUCUAUUAAGAGCUGUAGAUUAUGAUGUACAGCCAUAGAUGUGUAUUCUGAAAAAGUGCAAUGUAAAUGUGUACAUCUUCACAAUAGAUAAGAAUGUUGCUAUGUCAUUUUGUCCUUUCUCAGCAUAGCUUUGACAAACAGUUUGAACUAUUUCAGAAAGAUACAACACAUCUAAAAAAAAUUUACAGUAAGCCAACGUAUAGCAUGUUGUACAGUGUUUGUAUACCUGAC